AAGUAACUUUUAGACUUUCGCGGAAAACACGAAUUAUCUGAGUUCGAUAGAUGAGGUCUGAGCUGCAGAAGGCGCACUGUUUGACAGCCAUGGAAGGAAGAGUGAAGAGCAGGAGGGUGGAUCAACUUUCUCUUUGACAACAUUUGUUUUUCAACCAAAUGGCGUCUGUUUUGGUAAGUUUUGCAUUCUCAGUGCGUUUUAGAAGGGUCAUAAGCUGAAGCGUGUUUAAUAUAACAUUAUUACUGCUGUUAGUGGAGGCAGACUCGGUGAGUUUACUAGCUGCAGCAGAAAUACUAAUAGGAUUUGUGUAGUGGGGCUGUCAGGAACAUAGUGGAGGACUGUUUUCUUGGUUAAUAAAGAUGUUUAGCUCUGUUUCUGCUCAGAAAUGCAGUGUCCUGUGGGGCUUUUUCCCUACUUACUAACACAGUAGUAAUCCUUCACUACACUUUAGUCUGCCGACUUUUUUUUCCCAAACACUCUUAAAGGAAGGCAUUAACAGAAAACUUAAAUUUUAGAGAUUUUUGUCCCUUUCCAAACUUUACAGGUCAGAUUUAGUGUGGCUGUAUUUCAUAAUUUGUCAUCUUGAUUUGGGAAACACAGCUUUGUAGUAUGGCAACAGUGGAAGAGGCCUCAGGAGUGCUGGAGGAAGCCUUAAAGAGACAGUAGUGAAACAAGAGACACCAGCAUGAGGAAAAAUUUAGUCUUUAAAUUAGGGCUGGGCGAUAAAACAAUAUAAAUCGAAGAUUAAUUUCCCUCAAUAUCAAUAUAAAACAUGGUGUUACAACCCAGCUCGGGAAGGGAAAUGACGUAACAUGAAACCCGGUUUAGUUGUUGUAAAAAAGGGCUGUUCCAACAUAAGUCGUCGUCGUUGUUGUCUUCGGCUUCAUCUGGGUCCGGGUCGCGGGGGCAGCAGCUUCAGGAGCGAAGCCCAGACGGCCCUCACCCCAGCCACUUCCACCAGCUCCUCUGGGGGGAUUCCCAGGCACCUGGUCCUGGGCCGGCCACGAGGUCUCCUCACAUUGAGGUCUCCUGAUCGUGAUACAUAUCGGUAUCGACUGAUAUGAAAAAAAUAUAUCGUGUUAAACUUUUUCCCAUAUCGCCCAGCCCUGCUUUAAAUUGUAAAUCCUGUGAAGCUACAACAAAGCCAUCAGAAUGAAUCCUGGCUGACUGUCGUCAUUGCAGGAGGAUCCGGCUCUUGAGCGCCACCUGAAAGGACAUAAGGAUGCUGUCACCUGCACCGACUUCAAUCCAAACCGCAAACAACUGGGUAAUUUCUGCUUAAAUUCACAGAAACAUUUCUGAUAUUAUCAUGAAAUAACCAAUCCAAAGUCUUAUCACCUCAAACUGAAUUUUAGUUCAAUUUCCAAGUCUAUCUAUCUUCACUAAACAAGGUCAGCCGACAAACUUCAUCCAGACUUUUCUAGUUUUGAUCAGAUUCAAAAGAUCUUGCUGGAAUAGUUUACCAAUAUUACAUUAGAAACAUUACUUCAGUUCUUUCAUUUAAGACACAAAUGUCACUGGGGGUAUUUAAUUUGAUUAAAAAAAAAAUCAUAAUCAGCUUUAAUUUUCAAACUUCAUAAACAGAAAAUGACCGUGGCAUGUUUGGUUAUAAUCAUGCUCACUUUACUAGAGCUGCUUUGAUACUUCCAUUUAACAUCUUGACCUGCUUUUUGUCACUCGGCCACAACAGUUCUAACAAUGAGAAUUUUAACUGCUACUGAAAAAGAACAAAUGCAUUCAUUCCAGUGUCUGAUUUUGAAAAAAAAAUUGUUUUAUAUACAAGAUAAAUGUCAUCCUCUUUUGCACGCACCCAUACUUUGCAGAGAUUGAAUAAGGGACCAUCUCAGGGAAGCCUUAUUGAGCCUACAUUUGAUGCCCAUAAAUCUUAGUAAUAAGUAAAAAUUUCCUCUUGCAGUGCUGAAUUUUCUCAAUGUUUCCUACUUUUGUCACCCUGCAGCCUCUGGGUCAGCUGAUAAGAGUCUCAUGAUCUGGAAUCUGGCUCCAAAGGCGAGGGCUUUCCGCUAUGUCGGCCACCAAGAUGUCAUCACGUCGGUGCAGUUCUCUCCCUUUGGAAACCUGGUGGCCUCCUCCUCCAAAGACAGAACGGUCAGACUGUGGACACCUUCAAUGUAGGUGUUUUCGCUGCUCUAUUCCAGACCUCUUUCUUGACCUGAUAGUAUCUGAGGACUGUUGGAGGUCUGGUUUUAAAUCAUGUGUUUUGAUGCGUCUGUGUAUCACAGGAAAGGAGAGUCCACGGUGUUCAAAGCUCACACAGCUGCUGUCAGAAGUGUUGCCUUCUCCCACGAUGGACACAGGCUGGUGACAGCCUCUGACGACAAGUCUGUCAAAGUGUGGAGCGUUCAGAGGCAGUGCUUCAUCUACUCUCUGACCCAGCACACCAACUGGGUGCGCUGUGCCAGGUACGCUGUGUUAUUUCUAAUGUUUGAGUGUGUGUGUGUGACUGAAUGUGUGGAUCUAAACCUUCAAAAGUGAGGUCUUUGUCUAUUUUAAAGAUCUUUCCAGAUAUAAUCAAAUUAAAAAUCAGUAUCCUCAAACCAAGUUAGUCAGAGAAAAGUUGAGAGUUACUUCUGAGAAAAGAAAAAUACAUCUUCUCUUUGUUUUAACAAGCUUGUGUUGUCUUCUCCUUUCUUAAUGAAGGUUCUCUCCAGAUGGCCGCCUGAUAGCUUCCUGUGGGGACGACCGCACUGUCCGACUGUGGGACACAUCCAACAAACACUGCAUCAACUGUUUCACUGACUGUGGAGGGUGAGUCCUCACACAUCUUGGCUGUUAUUCUCUAGAUUCAGACUAAAAGGCCAAAGAUUGAGCACAGUGUUAGUUCAGGCAGGCCGGUUCAAAAGUUGUAGCGGCUUAAGUAGACAAAGUUAAUGUGGGAGGGGGUGAGCAGCUUGUGGAGUAGUUAUCGUCCAUUUAUCGUUAUCGAGGUGAACUGCUCAAUAUAUCGUGAUACUGAUUUGAGGCCAUAUCACCCAGCCCUAUCAGGGAGUCAUUGCUGCUGCUCUCCGCUUCACUUUUGAACGUAGGGCGGGUCUGCUCUGCCUACCUCAAGCUUUGCCUUUCCUCCUAUACACAUGGAAGGACAUGGAGCUCUCAGAUUAGAUUAGAGACGUAUUUCACUGACUGCACACAAAUACUAAAUCUUGUUUGACCAAACUGAUCUUGACUGAACACUCAGAGUAAUAAUUAUUUAUCGCCUUUUAAAACUUACAUAAAACUGAAACAGGCUGAUUAAUUUAACAUGUUUUCUUUUCCAUAGACAGCAGUCUCUUUUCGUAUAUAAACACCCAAGACUGCUGGACUGAUAAAGGUCACCAAUGACUUCUUGUUUUUCCAGAUCUGCCACAUUUGUUGAUUUUAACUCAAGCGGCACCUGUAUUGCAUCUUCAGGAGCCGACAGCUCCCUAAAGAUCUGGGAUCUUCGAACCAACAAGCUGAUCCAGCACUAUCAAGGUACUUUAUAAACCUCACAGCCAUAAUGAUGCCAUAUACACAGUCAGAAAAGUUUAUUAGAAUGUUUCUGUGGAAGAAACCUGGAUUUGUAGCCCAAUUGUUACCCUUCGUGGGGUAUCCAGAUGUCUGACUUCCUUCUCUUCCUCAUAAAUCAGUCCACAGUGCAGGAAUCAACAGCUUCUCCUUCCACCCGUCCAGUAACUACCUGAUUAGUGGCUCCAGUGACAGCACAGUGAAGAUCCUGGACCUGCUGGAGGGGCGUCUCAUCUACACCCUGCAUGGACACAAGGUGGAGCCGGCUCACCACACUCACAGACUCCAGAAUACACAAGACAAUAUCAGAUGCUUGAGUGAGUCAUGGUGAUUGAAGUCCUAGUUUCUGAUGUUUUGAGUCCUUUGUUUUUCAGGGAGCUGUAAUCACAGUAUCAUUUUCCAGGACUGGAGAUCUCUUUGCCUCUGGAGGAGUCGAUUGUCAGGUCGGUGUUUCUUCAUUUAAAGUUUUUAAUCGACUCUCUGGAGUGUAAAUCCUGAAAAAUGUGGCUCACAGGAGACGUGUUGGUCUGUUGAUUCACCAGGUGCUGAUGUGGAGGACAAACUUCGACAAAAAAUCUUAUCAGGAGGUCCUUCAGCAGCACAGCAGGAGGUCCACUCCAGAUCCACCACCCCACUUGGCUGAUAUUCACCCCAGAGGACCCCACCUUCACCACCCACAGCCCAGAGCAAUUCAGGUCAGUCAUGCUUUACUAAAUCAUGACAAAGAUAGAAAAUUAUGACAUAAAACGAUCAAUUAAGAUCUUUUUUAACUUUGGAAAUAAUAGAAAGGCAUCAAAAUGAGUUUCAGUCGAUUUCUUAUGUGUCAAAAAACCCUCACUUGAGCUAGAAACAACACUGAGACAUCUUUUCUUAUAUAUCACAGAUCAGCCCAACAGUCGCAGACACACAGUCAGCUGAUCCUCACGUCAUAGAGCUGGGCGAGGCUGCGUACAGCGACACGGUAAGCUGGCAAAAUAGUAAAUAAUCGACAGUCAAAGAGAAACAAAAAGCAGGUCACAUCCUAAAUCACACGGAGGACAGAUACUACAUAAAUGAAGUGAUUUAUUCAUAAAAGUAAAGCAGCUACUUGAGGAAAAUAACAUAUGACGUAUGAAUAUAAGAUAUUCAAAGUAACCCACUGAUGUUUUUUGAGAUUGUUCACUCGUGGAUGUCGCAAUCUGGAGGUAAAUAAAAAGGGAAAGGAUCAGAAAUGUAGGACAAAAAAGGAUUUAUUUAAAAGGAACGAAAAGAAAAGCAACAAAAAGUUACUUAAAAAUGUCCAACUGAGAAAUUCCUAAACACAAGAAGCAAAAUCCAAAGAAAUAAAGAUCACUGGGAGCAACAGGGGACACAUGCAUACACAUCGACAUACAGACACAGAAUGAACCGACAAAGAAACAGGGGAAGACAGGGACUAUAUAUACACACACAGGGAAACGAGCAACGAGAGGCAGGUGAGACACUGAGACACAGGUGCAGACGAUUACAGAGGAGGGAGAACUGAGGAAGCAAAACCAGACUAGAAACACUUCUCAACUUCUACAAAAUAAAACAGGAAAGAAACACUGAUAAUAGACAUAAAGAAUAAAACACAGAGAACAGGAGAGAAACAGUCAAACACAAACUGAAAACUCACGACAAGACUACAUGGACACGGGAACACGAGGAAAAAUACACAGAAGAAGCACUCAAAUAAAACAACACGAGGGGAAAACUAAAUUAACAAAACAUAUGAUGACAGUGAAGGUGUAAAUAGUAGAAAUAAGCGGGAAAACCGCAUUUCAAAACAAAUCACUGCUGCAGGAGCUUCCAGUUCAGCCAGUUUUCAGUUCACAGCUUCUGAAGUCAUUUUUUCAAAAACAACCAAAGGGCUUCGGAAAGGUUUUAAAGACAAGGAACACACUUGUUUUAAUGGAAUGAUAGUUGAAUUUAACCUUUCACCAGCCAAAGCUUUGCACGCAUGGAGUAAAGAUACAGGUGUUUGACUUAAAGUUAUAGACAUUCUGUUUUAGUUUGUUUCCAUUUAAAUACUUUGGCCCAGUUUUAUGGCUGUCUUUGGAGAAUGAAAAUUUACAGAUAGAUGUUGCAGGGUGAUAAUUCACUCUCAUGUCAAACUUGAUUAAAACAAGACCUCUCAUUAGUCCUGUGAGUUUUCAGAAAGGUGGCUGUUUAUGUCAACAUGCAACAUUAUAAAUGGAAACUACUGACAGCACUGAACUAAAAUCCAGGUGCUUGUUUCUGUCAUAAAAGAGUCUGAUUGCUUCUUUUUAAAGGUUGAGAUUUAAAAAAAAAAAUCAGUGCUUGUCAGAGUGACAUUGUUAUUACAAUGACUUGGUCGUCUAUUUUGAGCAGUGUUCCCAAAAUGACCACCAGGGGGCAGUGCAGGCUGGUGUAAAGUUCGGCUUUGGCACUAACUCUUGGACAACAGCCCCAUUCAUUAGUCACAGCAACAACAACAACAACACUCUGCUGAUUUGUGUGUGUCAUUGUUAAUCUUAUAUCAUCCUCAGAAACGUAAUAAUAAUAAUAAUAAUAAUAAUACAACAUAACAUAAUGUUAACGAAUGCAGAAAUAUUGGGUUUCAUAAUUUAAACUAUUAUCACAUCUCUACUUUCUUUAUUCAUAUUUGACCACAUUAUACUUUUUUGUGUUUCUUUGGACCUUUGACAUUUGUACCUGAUACAACAACAGCCACUUCUGUCUCUGUCAGAACAACAGGAGAAUAUCCUCUUUACUGACUGUUUACAUUUUCCCUCCGCCAUGUGAGUGCCAACUUGUGUUUGUUUCCGGCUCGUCUCCCUCUGUAUAGUUUUUGUUGUCACUCUGCAGGAGCGAUCUUAGGCCGCAGCGCACUGACCCGGCCUUGAACUUGAACUGCAGCCAAGUUCACGAUAUGUCGCAAGGUAAAAUCCUGGAUGUGAAUUAGCGCUAUCCGCUUACCCCACAAAUGCUGAUCCUGGAUAAACGUGUAGAAACAUGAGAUUUAUGUAGGUGAACGUGAAUGCACAGGUGAAAGGAGUGUCAGGGAAACAAGGUGUAAACACAAAGCUUUGUUUAUUUGGAUAAGAGUAUCUCACAGAGUGUCAAAUCAUCAUCAGGUUGAUGGAGGAAGAGAGAUGGGUAGGUAACAUGCAGCAGAGGGCUGCAGGUCUCAAUCAGACCCAGACGGCCUGUUUUGAAGGCUUUGCAUAUUGAAUGUUCAAUUCAAACCACCAAGCAGCAAAUUAACUGAAAGUUUAAUUUGAAUUUUAACAAAUGCAUUCAUUACAAUAUUGCACAUAAGUAUGCUGACUGAGCAGUAGGAGGUGGAUUUGCAGAUUUUUCCCCUUAACUGAGCAUCCAAGAGGAGUUUGAUGUAACGGGUGCCCCCUACUGCUAUAAAAAAGAAGCACAGGGCUUGAAAUGAAAGAGGAGACACGCACGUGUUCAUGACUGCUCUCCUCUAUUUCCUUCAGUCAUGAUGUGGACUAUUGAACAGAUUUUAAUGCAGGUAGAUUCUGAGCCAGAAAUCCUUAUUGAUCUCAAAGCGGGCUGUUACAGUUUCUCUGACACUCAGUGCUGGAUCAUGAUAUAAGAUUAGAGUAACCAUACGUCCUCUUUUACCCUGACAUGUCCUCUUUUUUGGGGGCUGUCCGGCUUUGUCCAGGGGAGUUUAUAACCUGAUCUGAAAACUCUCAAAAUCAACUUUGUGCGACUCUGUGACUCCGUCCCCGCAUAGUCGUGUCCUCUUUUUGGGGAUUCAGAAUAUGGUCACCCUAUGUAAGAUACAAACAUGAGGACAGAAGAUGGAGAGAUAUGUGAGGUUUGGUUUAUUUAUCUGAGGUACAAUGACACAAUUCUAAGAAGGACUAAAUAAGCAAGACUGUGACAGUUACUUUUAAAUGUAAAUACUGCCAUGUAAAAUGAAGUUGUACUGAUCUUCUCGAGGAGUUUACUUCAAAAUAAAAGCAUAGUUCAACUAUGCAAGAAAGAGAGCAUCUGAAACACACAGUUUCAAAAUAAAAGCAUGACAGAUUGUGUCAUUCAUAAAUAUUGUUAUUUUAUUGUGAUAUUUUAUAACUGUGAGGUGAAAGUCUGAUACUGUGACAGCUCUAAUUUAUAUAGCAGACUAACUUUCUUCAUCUUUGACUUUGAAGGAUGGACGUCCCAGGUUUUAUACAGUGAACAUUGUGCAGUUUGUUAUUCUCCAUGUCAGGCUUUUGUUUUUUUUUUCUGCAAAAGAAGAAUCUACAGACUGACCUUAAACUGCAAAAGUUAGUUGGCCUGAAUUUAUUUAAUAUGCACUUAUUUAACCUGAAUUCGAGGAUGUUUUAUGUUAGUUUCUACUGCAGGAGUUUUGUUGUUAAUGUCCAUGUAUAAGGACAAUAACCUAAGCAUGGUUUCUUUCUUUAAUGUCGAGCACAGUGCUUUUUCUUUUGGGUUGUGCUGAGUUUUUCUUUGUUCCCUUCUGAACCUCUUUCUUUGUUUCCCCUCUCUGUUGUGCUGUUGGAAAAAAAAAGUCUCCGAUCUAAAAGUCUAAAAACUUUCUGCCUUCCAAGAAAAGACUCAGAAAACUUAUCCACAUGAACUUUAACUCCAGCGAUGUUCCUUUAGCGUGCUGUCCUAUUUCUCUCAGCGUCUCUGCCUGUGCCUUUGGCUGCUUUGUGGGAGGAAAAGCCAUGAAUGGACCAAGCCAAGUGGAAGUCAUUUAGAGUCAGGAUGGCCAAGUCAGAUAAGUAGUUUGGGUUCAGGACUCCAGUAAACACAGGCCUGCAGAACAGCCAUUCAUAACUUGAAAUGUUCGGAUGUUAACAUGGAAGUUUGGAAAUGAAUGGGCAGAGGAAGGGAGUCGUUUGGAGUCUCUGAUGGAUGGAUAUACAGUUAGCACCAUUUCCAGUAAAUGUCAAGUAGAGGGAGGUCAUUAAAUGGACUGUUAGGGGUAAAUAUCCAUGAAAAUGUCUGUGUCUGGAUUCAUAUAAGGCGUCCUUUCAUACAAUGCUCAUGAAACCUUGUGUGGGUGUUUUGCAUGUCUAAAUAGGAAAUGUUAAUGUGCCUAUUUAAAGGAAUUGUGCAGCCUCCACAUGCUGCAGCAUGAGGCUCUGCAGCAAGAGGUAUUUCGAUAAACACAUCAUGUUUGGAUGCCAUUACUUCCACUUUCUCCUGCCCCAGCUGCACAAACAUUUUAUUCAGUACCUGAAUAUUUUUCACGCUGCUGUGCAGACGACCGCACAGCCUCCCUCAAAUGCAUCUCUCACUCACUCACGCUCUCUGCAUCUCUCUCCUUUUUUCUCCUCUUUUUGGAGGAGCUCUUCCUCGCUCCCCGCAUGAAUCAGCCGAGCAUGCCUGAAUGGAAAGACCCCUGAGAGAUCAGAGAAAGAGAGAGAGUGAGAAAUGGAGAGGAAUAGAGAUCAGAGAGAUGGGUGGGGGGAAAGCAGGAAUCCACGUGCCGGUGUACUGGCCCUGGAGGGGGGCCCCUACCAAGGAGCAGCAGCCGCCGCAGCAGCAGAGGCAGAAGCCGCAGCUCUAAUAAUAGACUCGCUGGAGCUGUGCCUGCCUGUUUAACUCACUGACUAACUCGCUGCACCCUGGUGUCACACACGUUUAAAACAUCCGAUUUGGAGAUUUGGCUGAAAAUAGCAUCAUGAACUGUUUUUGUUCGUACAUGCCUACACACAAAAUUAAAAAUGCACACACUGAUCUCCUCAUUCAUUCAUGCAAAUCCAUCUCUUCUCCUCUCCUCCUGCAGCUCCUCGCAGCUUCUCUGAAUACAUUUGUGAAUGAGUGCAGAAGUGUGUGCACAUCAGACAUAUACAAACGUGCAAAGCUAUGUGUGUAAGUGUGUGUGUGUUUAAUGCACAGAAGGGUCUGUUUACGUGCACCCGUGACUCACCGAGUUUUGGAGUGUGAAUGUGCGUGUGAGAGUCAUCCCUGUUUAGCUCGGUUCAGAACACGGAGCCCCCCAGUGCUACUCCCCCCUGUCAGCUCGCAUCCCCAUCACCGAGGAGGAGCUUUCCUUUCCUCUCCUCUCCUCUUCGCCUCCAGUCAUUUCCUUCUCUGUACCUCCUUGUUGCUGAUGUCCUCUAAGAGCUUUCCCUUCCGCCUUUGCAUCCGUGUUUCCCCACCAUUGCCUUAAUGGAUCUAAAUGUGGGCGGAAACCAAACGAGGGAUGGGACGGGAGAUGCAAAUGGCCCAAGGGAGUACGUGGGUGGCUUUAUGGGGAGUUUCCUGCACUCAGAGUUACUUCCUGCUCCUAUUGGUGACCUUUGUGUACCUAAUCUAGUCCCUUCUCCUGUUAUUAUUUAUGCAGGACUUUACUUUGUCGCUUCUUUAAUUUUGGUUGCAUUAAAUAACACACUCUAGAAAACGUUUACAGUACCAUACUCUAGGUUUUCUUUGAGGUUGUACCCUUUGUGCACAGGACAGGACUUUUGAAUGAACACGGAGGUGAUGUCAGCAAUGACAGAAGACACUAAUGUGGCAUCAGCUGCAGCUUUGUCCUCUUCCUACAUCAGCCAUUCAGCUCUGCAGAGAGCUAGCAGGGCUCAGUGCUUCUGAAUGGAGCGUUAUCAGCAAACACCAUGUCAUUUCAGAGCUCACACAGGCCCAGGGUGGCACCCCGACUCUCCGUUGACAUGACCGAGCUUUGACAGACACACCACUGGCCGCAAAGUGACGUGUCUAAAAACACAGACAGCUAUAACUGCUGCUGAUGCUGCUGAUGCUGUGUAUGUCCUUGAGCGCUGAAAUGUUCUGUUCUCUUUUUAGAAGCUGCUGUGCAUAACAGAUAUCUAAAAAUAUCACUUUUUUUUGUAAUGGCAUUGUGAAAUUGUUUUUCUUCUCACACAGCUUGCAGCUAAUGUUUGACAGUUUUUACAAAUCUAGUUUUGGGAAAACUCAGUUGAGGAACUUCUAGAAAGCCUCAGACUACGAUGAUUAGAGUAAAGCACACUUUAGUCUACUUGUUUCAUAGAUGCGGUCAUAUAGAGAUGUUGAAAUUGUAGAUGUUUUCAUGUUGAGACUGCAGGUUAAUCUCAACAUAUUAAAAGAUUGUGGAUAAAAUUAAUCACAUUACAUUAUUUAUUUUGCAUCCUUGCUUUUAUUCGGACAGGGCAAGCGCUAAAAUAACUUUCGUAGAUGCAGCCAUCUUGUUUCCGCCUCUGAUUUUGCUUCUGACUUAUGCUGGUAACUCGGGUGAGACAUAAUUCCUAGUAUAUCUACUCUUUGCACUAUAUCUAUCUAUGUGAAACUGUCCACAGUUGGAACACUCUGGCUGAGUUAUGGUGCAUUCCGGUUGUACUCAGAAGUCGGGAUUUCCGAGCUCCUUGUCAGAACUUUCAACUGGAAUGACCCCCAAGGUCAGAUUUCUGACUCGGAAAGUCGGACGAUCCACACAACCCCAGAGUUGACAUUUAAAGAUGGCGGCACCAGUUGUAAACAAUAAGUAGAAGCUCCUGUGAAAGAAGAAAUAGGCUACCUUCUGUGCCUUUGUGUUUCCUCUUCCCCCACCGUGUUUGCAGGUUGCAGACGGACCGCAUAUUUGUCCAGAAGUUGUUUAUAUUUGGACAAGGCAAGCGCAGGGAUAACUUUCGUAGAUGUAGCCAUCUUGUUUCCGCUUUCGUUUUUGGCCGUUGGCUACUUUUUUCUGACUUUGUAACUGAGACGCUGAUAACUCGGGUGUGACGUCAUUCUCAGCUCCUACUCCUGACUUCUGAGGUAAAUGGAAAGCAGCAUUAAACCUGACUCCGCCUCUCUGCAGCUAACUUACGUUGUGAAGUCUCUGCCAUAGUUCGGUGUGCACCAGGGACUUGAACCAGUGACCCUCUGGUUCAUCAACUGAGUGACUUUGCCAUUAAAGUCGAGAUUCAUCUAUAACAAAGCGUUCCCUUUUCUCAUUUAGCUUUCUUGCUUUAAUAAAAUAACAUUCGUUGAUGCUGUUUUUGAAUACCAUGAAAUUAGCUAAAACAAAUCUUCCCAAAAGAAGCUAACUGUGGAUUUCUUUCAAAACUCAGAGACAGUGACAUUUCAUCUUUCUGCCUUUUUUACUUGAGGCAGGCGGUAAAGGCGAAAGCACACAGUGUCAAACCCAUCCCACUUAACAGACAUCAAGUCAGCUGUGAAACACAUGAAGAACGGCAAGCGUGAAAUGAGGCCAAGCGAGACAGCCGAGCGUUCUAAUGCGCCCGUGUGUGUGUGUGUGUGUGUGUGUGUCUAUCUUUAUAAGGACUGAAGUGUGCACAUUAGCACAUUCAUAAAUAGUGGAGCUGCUUUGGAGUCGUAUCUGCCAAAAAAAAGCCAGGGUCAGUUCGGGUAUAUCUACUGAAUGCAAAGUUGAGGAUAAAGAUUUCAAGUAAUUCCGCUGACCGAAACGGGUCUCAGAGAUUCUGCACAUGCACGUACUUGUUUGUGCAUGCAUGUGCGUGUGCAAAAGGUAAAUAGAUAGCAGAGGAGCAGAUUUGGUUACUUGCUGCAUCUCCCGUGUCCUCGUGACGCCAGUUCGACCAGACAAGGUGUCCUCUGCUGACAGGUCUGCUGUUACACACCCUGUCUGUGCUUGUUGCACUUUUCUGUUUUUGCCCCUUUUUGUAAAUAAAGCAAAUCUUAUAUUGCACUCUUCCUUCCAUUGGUCAUUAACCACUGAACAAAUACAGGAAAGCAGUGCAUGUAUGUAGAUUUACAGUGCAUCUUUAUCUACACUUUCAUGCACUUGCCCUCUCCCAGUCCUCUCUAGCUUCAUGUUCAGGGGAAGCGCAGGAUAUUAGAUGGCCUGGAGGUUUAGAUACCAGAUUUAAGUGCUGUAGAGGAGAACACGAGUGACAAGACACGGCGGAAACAAGCUAAAGAUAGUUACAGCUCCAGGGGGGAGGGGAGGGGAUUCACUUUCCACCAGGACAAGGGCUCCCAGAGGCUGCAUAACACCCUCACACUCACACACACAUGCCCACACACGGAUGUACACUGUUACACUCAGGCAAACACUCUCAGUGAAAGCAGAGUUGGACUCAUUCAUUCAUACUGUGGUCUCCCAUUCACCGUUAGACUCCAAUCUUUAACUCACUUUGAGUCUGAUAGAGGAAGAACCUAAUAAACAUUCAGCCGCACAUAACACGUGGAAACCUUGAUGGCUUUUAAAACCUGAUAUCAAACCUGCUGUUUGGGGUGUUUUUGCCACUUAGAGACAAAUGACUUAAUCUUCAAGAGUCGUGGUGUUGAAAACUCAGAGAAUCAACUUUCUUGGCUGAACUUGGCUUGACUAAGGGCCUGUGUCCACUUGUGGCUGGCAGUGCUUAGAGUCCCCCAAAAAACAACAUUUUCAGCCCUCCAUUUUUAAAGUGCAGACAUUUCCUCUGUGUCAGCUGCUUUUUGUUGCUAUGAUCUUGGUGCUCAGACACCAGAACACGAGAACAUGACUCCUUUCGAUUGUGUUUGAAUUUCUUUUUUUUGUAAAACUGGAGGUAAUUUUCGUCAUAAAGAGCGGUACAGAGCAAUGGACCUCGAAGUGGAAACACUGAUAGAUAACUUUGGGAUCCCACCUUAAGUUAAGGCGGGUGAGGAGUGCUUUGACAUUUAGGUUUCAGACACUGCCAGCACAAUAAAAAUGCUGUCUGUGGACACAGGCCCUAAAUGCUUUAUACAUUAGAAAUGAUGAUUGGCUGGUGUCUAGUUUGAGUGACUCUUUAAAGCUAAUUUAUUCACCAAACUAGAAGAUUUCGGAGAGGUUAUUUUGCGUUAUGUAUUUAUCCACUCUGGACUUUUAAAAUUUUAUUUUUAAGGCUAGUCGCUGAAGCUGAGGUGGGCCUUCAGCUCCUAUGCUCCCAUCUAUCUGUUAACUCAUCGAUGCCUUUUGUUCAUUUCUGCACCCUUUAUACUAUCUAAUGUAGUGGGAAUUCAUUGGCGUUAGGAGUCGCCUUCGGCAUCGGCUUAAUUUUUCAGCCCAGGAGGUGAAAAAGAUUGUGCAUGGAGAAUGAUCCUGAUACUUAGCCAUCAACAGUUUAUUGGGGUACAAUCCAGGAACCAAGCGAUGACUCAUGUCUGGCGUCUCCUGUAGAUGUGGAUUUAUUUAUCUAUUUUCAACAGAAAGUACAUCUGGCAUGUGAGUUCAAUCCUGGGGCAGGAAAUGCUCCGUGCAGCUGUAUAUUGGAUGCAACCUUGCAUAACUACAAUAUAACAUGACACCUCCUGACAGAAUGAUCACCACAGAGGCAGCAGAGUCAAUGUGAUAAGGCGCCUCUGGACACGUUGCACAUCCCGUAACUCCAUGUUCUCCUGUGAGAUCCCCCCCACACACCCCCGCCCGCCCCGUGGUGGCUCCAGUCUUCUCGGCGCUGGAUGCAAGUGUUCAAAAACUUGAUCUUCCUCAUCAAAAAUACAAGAGGAGGGCAAACCUUAUCACUUAUUCAGGAGGAUUCUCUCUUCAGAUUCCCAUGCUCUUCUUUGCCUCACCUCUCUCAACCCUCCCAUCCUCCCCGUUUCUCUCUCCCCCCUGUAUCUCUUUUAUCUAUAGCUUACGCAACACUCGCCUGUAGAAUGCAUCCGGUUCCCAAAUGGCUGUGCGGUGAAUCUUUGCAUCCAGAAAAGAGCUUUUCAAGGUUAAAAUGUUUUCAAAACUGACACACGACUUCUUUGAGUCGCUACUUCUUUAUCUUUGAAUGAAUGAAAAAAAGCUCUAAAGAUAUUUGAACACAUCCAGAGUGAGAUUGGCCAGGUUAGUAUAUAAAGUAGGAAGAUUUGCUAUUAUGGAGUUGAUGUCAAGUUUUCAGUACUAUGAAGUGGGUGUCAGGGAAUAAACCAGUUGUGGUUGGACCUGUUGCCCUCUGAAGACGGUAAAGUGAUAUUUUGGUCUCAUCUUGGGCGUACACACUGUUGACGUUCUUGAAGCUUCUUUCACUGUUGCCAUGCUACAACAGUUUUUUUAUGAUUUAAAGUGUUCUCAGUGGUCUUUUCUUCUGCAGAGCUCCAGUAGCUCAUUAGUAAUUCGCCUCUGAGUCGUAGGCGAAGACAGAACUGCUCUGCACGCUCCUCUUCAUGCUAGCUUGUAGCCUAGCAUUGCUGGUGUAGUAGAAGUGGCAGGUAACUUAGGAGCUAUUCAUCUCUUGUACACUAAUAUCUUUAGGGACAUGAUGAAAGCUAAUAUCAUAAUUAGCUUUCUUACAAGCAUUGCAAUCCACUAACGCACAUGCUUGUUCCGCGAUCAUCCUCUCUACUUUUCUGAGUCUGGCCUGCAUAGCGGGGCUCCGGGGGCGGGGCUUGGAUUUGUGACAUAGGAAAUCUCACCGUGUCUGAACUUGCCGUUUGGAUCUGUCAGAGAUUCACAUUGAUUCGAAUGCAGAAAUGCUCAUGAUACCUUUCUCAUGGUAUGUCCUGUAGCAUCAAAAAAUGCCAAAUGAACAUGAGGACAACAAGAAAAACAUGAUUUUCAUCAGAGUGAGUCUUUAAGGAGAUUCAUGCAGUCUUACACAGGGAUUACCCCAACAAAUGGUGACCUGACAAUUUGAAACUUUGCCCAUGUUCAGUGUAAAAAAGCUGUAAAAAUUAAAUAUUAAUGAGAGUUUUUGUUCCUUUUAAUGUCGAAAAUGAAGCUGUAGAGAUGUAAAAAUAUUACUUUUCCAGUGUUGAAGGAAAUCGUUGUCCCUGUGCAGAAAAUGUUAAUCUAAGUUGAGACACAUCGGAUGCAUGUGUGUCGGCAAGAUUCAGAACAAAAUAAGGCCGGUGACAUCCUCUCUGUCUGCGACACUUUUGGGGUUGAAUGUUUGAAAUCUGUAUAAAGGGUAAAUUCACGUACUGCACAUGUAAAUAUAAACAUCUUUUACAUGCAUUGUACAAGUAUAUGCGAGUAAAAUUAGAGUAUUUUUUGGUUUCCUCAUGUCACCUCCUCCAUCCUCACAUCUGCCCACCCUCCCUCUGCUCUGACUGUGCUGUCUCAAGGGUACAGCUCAUGUCCUCGAGGACCUUUGAAGAGAACGUGCUGACAGUCGGUCCAUGCAGGGGAGGCUAAAAAUAGCCGCCAAGGUCUGUUACAGGUACCGGGACACCUGAAAGGCAAAAUCAUGAUGUGUUUUGUUUACUUCCCUGCUUGCCGUUAUCCCUGCCCGAAGACAUGGGAAGAGGCGGGGAGGGGAGAUGAAAAUAGAAGUCUGAUAAGAUAAAAAAGGGACCCAAGAUUUGAUUAUGAGGGGCAGAGAGAAAACACAGAGCAAAACAUUCGUGGGGAUCCUGCCUUCCACAUGUGAUCAUGUUAUUUAGAGGACCCUGCUUGUUUUUGGAAACUGUGGACUCCGUGUUAUUGAGCUUCCAGAUUUAUUCUUUAUUUUCCUUUAUUAAGCCACACUGAAGGUUGUGAAAAAUAAAGCAAGUGUUUUCUACCUAUUUAUUGUCUGCAGGAUGAAUAUCCUUUUAGAGUGACCUUGACGUGUUCAACAAAGACAUUCAUCAGUUCACUACCUCUCCUUAAAAUGUCAAAUAUUAAAACAGGUUCGAGCGUUACCUGCUAGUUUCUCGUGUAAAUAACGCUGCGUUCCAGUUACACCGGAAGUCGGAUGUCGCAGCUGGGAAUGACGUUACACCCGAGUUGACGGCAUUCCAGUAAACAAGUCGGAAAACCAAAUGGAUGCCUACUGUUAGCCGUUGUUAGCUGAUGUUUACAAUUGUCAGACAUUGUCAGCUGUUGCACGUUGUUGUUAGCUAUACCAAUUGUAAACAACGCAUAACACAGUAUUUUACUCUUACAAACACCAUAGCACCGUGUUCACAGUUAGAUGUUGGGCAGUACAACAUAAACCACUUAUUGAAUUUCACAAAAACAAAACAGAAGUGCUGAUGAAUAAAACAUUAAGUGAGCUUUCACUGUUACUCUUCAUUGUUGAUGCCCUGCGCUGCCAUCUUGGAUUAUGACGUUGUCCUCUAGUUGGGGUUGGCGAGGAUUGUCCAAAUUUCCGUUUCGGAGCUCGGAAAUCCCGACUUCCAAGUCCAACUUGAACGCAGCGUUAGUUCUUGGCCGACAAAUGCAAAUUCAGCAACAUUAACUCUUGAUAACUGCAUGUCAGGAAAUGGACGAUAAAGGUUACCUUGAAACAGAUGCAGCGUAAUUACAAAGGACUAGCACUUUCUCGAUGAUCUGGAUUGAAAACUGGUCCAGAAACCAUCUCAGUGCCUCCCUGACUGUCUGCAACUGAGCUCUCAUUUGCAAGCUGUCUGAGGACACAGUUCCAGCUGCAGUCCAAUUAGCUGCUCUUGUUAGGACUGCUGCACUCCUGCAGUCAGACUAGAAGACACGUGUCGAUGGCGUGUUAUGGACUUAAUGUGUUAUUUAAAUGACAGACAGGCUAACAAAUGAAGUCUAAAAGAUUAAAGUCACAGUUUUAUGUGUGGUAGCCGACUGCUGUUACAGCAAUGUAAUGAAACCAUGAGUGUUUUUGUGCCUCUGAUAAUAACAGGCUACCUCUGUAUCUGGCAGUUUUGCUCACUGAUGCUAUUUUCUCCCCGAGUGGAGGCAGAGAGGAUGUGGCCCGGUGAACUGUGUAGGCAGAUCAGACGCCUCAUGGUUCUGUUGCCGGCCGGGCUUAUUUCUGCUCGGCUCAUCCAGGCCUGCGGUAAAAACAAAUUAUUGAUUCUCCAGAAUUAUUUUUUCUGUGUUUUUCUUUUCCUCCAAUUGGGAGGCGGCUUCCUCAAAGACCUUGAAAGACUGGGGCGAAGGUUGGCUUAGGAAGAACUAUACCUUGAGUAAGACUUUCAUUACAGCGAGGUAUGGAUUUUUUGAGCCAGGUUUAGAAAGUGUCUGUCUCGUUUGUUUGCCACGUAGGAGGCACCGGCUUAUUAUCCUCUUAAUCUGUGUUUGAGCUGUUUGCUGAAGAGCUGGACUGUCGAUUUCUAUUUUUUACAUGAGAAACCAAAUCCAUGCUUUCUUAACAAGAAAGUGCUCGAGCAUUCAUCUGUACAUUUUUCUUCUUCUCCACUGACAUGUGUGAAGUAUGUGCGCCGCUGUGAGUGUUUGAACCCUCGUACUUUUAUCUCCACACCCUUGUACAUGUGAGUGAAGGGAAGAUUAGCAGGAGAGGGCUCGGAAAACAAAUCCAUUUCCUGUGAGUCCACAAAGCCACGGGGUCAGGGUUUCUCUCCGGAGGUGCAGCUGUAACCGAACACCAGCCCAGUCCCAGGUUAAACCUCACCUCCUCUCAUUGCUGCCUCCGCCUGUGUUAAGCUCGUAGUCCACCUGUUAGGAAGUCAUUCAUCUCUCUGUUCCCUGGAGAGGGAUAACUGGAUCCCCCACCUCUGACCACAGCUGCACUGAUGGAUGGCUUUAAUGGGAUUUUUACCGUUUGAUGUUUCCAGGCGCUUCCUCUUCCUCCUCCAAAUCUAAUCUUGCUUUCUUAAUAUCUCUUUACUUUAUCUGCUUAAGUCUUACCUCAUAAACUACCUUCCAUUUCCCUUCAUGUAAAAUCACACAGGCUAUAACAUGACUAUAUUGUGGCGAUAUAGGACACUCGGUCUCUGACCUGUAUGCAAUCAACAACCUCUCCUACAGUCUUUCAUUCAUGUGUGUUCACAUCUUUUAAAGUUAUCCAAUCACAGAGUAGAAAUGCAAGACCUUGUAAUGCUCUGGAAAUAAUCAAGAUGAUAGAGAAGAAAUAUUUCAGACCACUGUAAGAAAAGAAGAGACCAAAUCCGAGGAGAUAUUUCUGUGAGGAACACAAGGACUGACCUUCGUGGAUUGAUUUGAGUUUGAGAUAUGAACAAACAGAGUUUAACUGCAAAGUACAGCCUUCAGCAGCACGUGUUUCUCAAGUGAAGGUGCCCACCCCAAACUUGUCUGAUUUUAAAGGGAUAUUCCGGUGUAAAUUUAAGUUAUGGUCAACCACACAGUAACACCGAGUAAGACACCCCCUUGAGAGAUAAAUGUUGCAGACUGCUUGCUUCUCUAGUUAUAUCAACUUUAGUAACGACCACACAAUAGCAAUACACAGCGGUCUGUGUCUCCACAGAUAAACCUCAACCAAAAUGCCACUCUAUAGCCACAAAUAAUGCUCAGAACAGCACCUAACCUCAUCAACAGUGCAUAUAGGGUCCUAGCCCUAGUAUUAGCCAUCAAAGAUCGUUUUAGCUUUGCGUGGUUUCAUUAGCAAAGAGACCAAACACAACUCACCCACUCUACUCCAGCAGCCACUUGUUUGUGGGGGAGCCCUGACGAGUCGAUCACAGAGUGCUCCCAGAUACGACUAAAUGCACCAUUGACUCAUUACUCAUGCUCAUUAGCAUUUACCAAAACUUUCAACUACCAAAGUCCUUUUUUUGCGAAGUAUCAUGGUAGGUCCAGUGUUUCCCCUAGAAAUUUUUGCAGCUGCGGCGGUGUGUGUGUGUGUGUGUGUGUGUGUGUGUGUGUACAAGCCGAAAAUAACGUUGUGUGUUGUGCUCACACAGUGCGAAUAGAAAUAGAAAUCAUUUGUGCCACAUUGAUGAUAAUGCUACUAAUUCUAUUAAUGCUACUCGCUAUGUAGACCGUGUAUAAGCACGAAGUUACCUUUCACAUUGAUAGAAGAGGGUCCGACAGGAUUUGAUGACUCACAACAAGUUGGAAAUAACGUUGUGUGUUGUUGUGCUCACACAGUGCGAGUAGAAUCAUGAAUGUAGGGGAAACACUGCUGAUGUGAGAUAAAAAAAAAAAAAUUUAAGUGUUGCGGCUUUUAUUUAGCCGUGGUGGUGCGCCACGAUCAAUUGCAUGUAGGGGAAACCCUGACGUCAUAUCAUGAAUUCUGGACAUCUGAACACAGCUCCCUCAGUUUCAGAUAUUUUGCCACUUUGUUUCAAGAGCUGUUGAUCUUGAGAGAAAAUCUUGUGCUUGUGAAGAAUGUUAUCUUUCUGCCAAAAAUCUGCGAUUACAGUUCCUAAGUAUUUUUAUUUUUUUUUUAAUAUUGUUAGGUUGAGAGUACUAAUAGCUUUCAAGUUUUAGAUAUAAUGCUCUCGGUGAAAGACGCUUCAGUAUUUUACACUGGCAGUGAGCCUGGUAUGUGCGGGAACGUGGGAAAGGUUAGUUAGCUAGCGUAGUCUGAGAGGGGGAUCAGGGGGCUAGCCUUGAGCUUGCAUUGUCUUAGAGGGGAACAAUUAGCAAUUAGCAGUGGGGUUAUUCUGAAUGGCAAAUGAGUUUCCCACAGGUACUUUGCAGUCUUUUUGGUAUUAGUGUAAGUGCUGAAGCUGAUUAGCGGGUAUUUGUGUGGCAAUGCAGCUCAAGCUAAUCUCCCUUAUGGAUACUUGCUAUUUGUUAGCAAUUUCCUGCGAUAGCCUCUCACUUCUGUGGAGUAUCAUUAACACACGACACUUAAACUACCAAAUAUUCAGAUGUCUUUGGCAACAUCUUGUGCACUUUUCUUUGCAAUUCAAAGAGAAAUAUUUGGUUUGGUUUUAUCUCAAACUUGCAGCACUGUCCUGUGAAUCUAACAAAGCUUGGCUUCGGUGCAGCGCAGCCUGACCAUGUGAGCAGUCAGGUUAAAGAGGUUAAUAGCUGCUUUGGUGCAUAUUCGGACUUAAAGGAUGAUUUUGUUCUUACUUUCUGUUCUUUUAUAGGGACCUUUUAUGAACCUGAGAGUGCAUAUUUUCAAUGACCACAUGUGCUUUUUGUCCGAUUUAGCUACUCUCUCUCUCUGUCUCUCUCGCUCUCUGAGUUGAUAGUUAUCUCCAGGUGGAUAUGAGUCAUGCCGUUAGUUUAAUAUGUGUCAAGAUUAUGAGGAAAGAUUAACCGCCUCCUGCCCUACAUACAUCUAAGCCCUCCAUAUGGACGGCCUUUACGUUUAAUUUUAAAUAAUGCAAUGAGGGAGGCAGCUUUCUCUUUCAGAGAGCUCCAAAUUUUUGUUUUCUCUUUUUAAAACUAGACGUAAAAAUAGAGCACUUUACAACUUUUAGAGCUUCUUCACACACUUUGCUAUUCCUGUGUUCUGGCACUUAUUCUCCCGCCUGUCCUUCUUGUGCAUGGUUGUUUUAAGUAUGAACUCACUCUCUCUAGCUGCACGGCGUUAUGUAACCACCAUUCAGAAGAACAGCACAACUUGUGAAUGGGCUGUGUUACGCCCGGUGGCUUCUUGUUACAUCAGUAUUGUCUGACAGUUCAAACAUGAAUGCCAGGUCACUGAAACAACGUCACGCACAAAUGAAAGAUACUUUAUUGGUCAAGUUGCAGCAUUAAUGUGUAUUUAUGUAAUCCUAUUUGAGUAGGAUUUUAUUAAGCAGAGAUAAACAAUCUUCUUCUGACGUGUUGUCUUUUUAGGAAUUGGUUAUUGAUUUAUGUGUGGAUUAUUUUUAAAGAUGAGGAUUUACAAACAGUGCGCUCUCGUUGCUGCAUGUUAGAGAACCAUGUCAAAUUUGAGGGUCUAAUCCAAAGAUGCAUAACCUCUCUCCCUACUCAUCACAGUGUCUAGCCUUCUUACAGCAGCUCUGACUCCUGCGUGGAAAAGUAGACAAGAGGGAGAAAAAUGAUAUUACUUACUGCACAAAUAAAUGCAAUUGACUCACUUGACAUGCACAUUAAUUACUGUUGGUUUAAUGUGUCACGAUCUCCCUUGACCUUAACUUCUCUUUAAACAAAACCUCAUCAUCUCCCUCUAUUUAAUCUUUAAAGUUUACUAUGCAGCAUCUUGAGGUAUCUUCUUUGCCAUGAGGAGGUUAGAUAGUCCAAUAUAAACAACAAUGCAUUUGCUGCAACAUGAUAUAUCUAGGAAUCCAGUACCUUUGGAAUGCUAGCAUAUCUAAUGGGGCUAUUAUUGAAUACAUAUAUAAAUAUACAUGUUGCUACUAUGUGCAGCAACAUGCAUGUUAUAGGAUCAGUACAAUAGCAAAAGCUGUGGUGGUAGUUUUGAAAGACACAUUACUUGCAGUGCAAAAAAAGAGCCAGUUUUCGCAGGUGAAAUUCAUACCAGAUGGAGCAGAGCAUGUCUCAAACCAAAACAAACAAGCAUGAACAAGAAACUUGGGCGGCUGCUUACAUAACUGAAAGAACAGAUAUGGAAGCAUUUCAGUUUCCUGCGAACACCAGGAGGUCAGGAGUUGAACACGAGUCGUGGAAUAUGCAAGCUAUGCAAAAACAACAACAACAAAAAAAAAGGCAAAAUACAACUGCAACACAAUUCAGAAGGUAACCACUCUGAUUACAGCAGGAUGGUCUGCUACACAGGGCCAGCGUGUAUCAUCUUCACAAACACUGAAGAAAGCUUUCACAUCAAAAUUUCACUCUACUUUUCAGUGGGCUGAGAGGACAUAAAACACCUCUUUUAGUCUUCAUUGUGAGGACGGGAUUGUUUAUGUAGUUGGUUUUAUGCAGCUGUGUAAUGAGUGCAAACCAUGCUAUGCUAUAACCAACUGCUGGACGUGCAAAAAGUCAAUUAAUUGUAAAAAAAACUCUUGCAGCAUAAAGGAGUAGACUCAUAGUCAAAUAAAACUAGCAUUAGGGGUGCACAAUAUUGGAUUUUUGCUCAUUUUAGCUGAUAUCAAUGAAUAUACACCUUAUUUUCAUUGUAACACUGAGCUUUUCCUGUAAUAGGAUUUACCUAUCGUGAAAAUGUUCAUAUCUGCUGAUACUGAUAAUUUAAAGUAUUAUUUACCGUUCUUGUGAUGGUAAAUAUCCAGAAUCCCUAACCAGAGUAUUAUUGCUGCAUUCAACAAAAUUAAAUCUUAGAUACUCAGGAUUCAAAUGUGCUGAGAUACGUUUUAAAUCACGGUCUCCUUAUUCUGAUACACAUUGUGUUGUGAGGGUAUGGGAGGCCCUUUGAAAGAAACCUUUGAAAGAAACAUUAUAAAGAUAUUAGAUCCACAGUUGAGGUGUAUAGUAGUUAAAACCACUAAUGAUCCUUUCUAUCUUUAUUGCAGUAAUCUGAAACUCGAGGUUAACAUUGGAUAACUAAGUCACGACUAGUGCAGAUAUGACAUCUUAUGACCUAUUAUUGAAAUUCAAUCAAUAAAAAUGACAAACUCAGUGUAAAUGCCCCAAAUCUGAGUGUCCACAGCCCACCUUUGUGCACACAGCCCCCAUGUGACAGGCUAUAUUUGAAGACUAAAGUGAGCCUAAUGAAAGGAAGUCACCCAUUUAUUUCCCUCAGUUAUUCUUAGAAAGUCCCUUUGCUGCUCUUGUGAAUAUUUUCACCACUUCAAAGGCCUGAACUGACAGUCAGGGCCUGUGAUAAGAAAGACUCAGUAAACUAGAGUCACACAACUGGAGCUAUGUUUGGAGCGGCUCAUGUGAGGGCAAUUGAUAAGAGACCGAGUUAACCUGACACAUUAAUGUCCUGGUAUUUUUCACAGAUCAAUUUAAUUAGGAGUCAGUAAUGCAAUUACCACUCAAACCGUCCUCGUAAAUUGAGAUACUGGUUCCAUAAACCGUAAUCCGGUUUUCUGUCCUGCUCCUACAGCUCAGACGCCAUUUUUUCAUGAAGCCGCCUUUACAGUGGACCACAGUUCCUCUGUUACCUCCAUACUUGAGGAGCACAAAAGCCUCAGUGUUCAGAGGUGCCCAGGAGGAAACACUUGAAGAUCUGUUGAUCCACCUGUUUCAGAGCUGAGUGGGCUUGAAGGCUCGGUUUGUUUGACUUCAACCCCUCACCUCUCUCGCCCUUGUGGAGGUGGUACAAUGUAAAUGACAAGAAGGACUCUACUGUUUGAAAUGCCUCCCCUGUCUCAUGAAUUUUUCCUGAAAACCUCAGAAGAUUUUCUGAUAGGACCUCUCCUGCAUCUGGAGUCUGUUCCCUCCUCUGCAAAGGCUUCGUAAAAAGCCGUCGUAUUCAUAGCUCCCUUCUUAUAAUAACAACUUGAAUACAAUAUGUCAUAGAUGACCAGACUGUGAUGUGACUUCCCCACCAACACAAACACGCUAACACACAUUUCAGGCUGUGCUGGAGCUCACACCAUCGUCUAAUGUCUUUCAUUCAACUUUCCGGGUUGACUGAACGUGAAAUUCCCUGAAACGAUCCAGGUCCAGAUCUUUUUCAGGGAUCUGAGUGCACAUUUGCAUGCACAUAUUUCCUGAUAGUUUGCAUGCAUGUGGGUGAUUGGGCUGAACCAUAUGGCACCAUCUGUUAGUCUAGAAUGUUGGGGGGGUUCUGAAAGAAUAUAUAGAUUUAAUACUGGAAUGUAAAGAGUUCUGAUAGACUGCUAAAAUGGGUUCUAGAAUGUUGAGGGAUUGGAAAGAAUAUUAUGCUGUAGUUCUAGAAUGUUGAGUGGGUUUUAUAGAGUGACAUGUAGUUCUGGAAUGUAGAGAGUUCUUAAAAGAACGUUGCACCAUUGUUCUAGAAUGUUGAGGGUUUUGAAUGAAUGUUAAGUUAGGGUUCUAGAAUUUUCCGGGUGUCCAAAAGAAUGGUUUGUAGUUCUAGAAUGUUGAGGGGUCCCUAAGAGGACGUUGCGCUGCUAUUCCAGAAUUUUGAGGGUUUUGAAAGACUGUUACGUUUUAGUUCUAGAAUGUUUAGGGAUUGGAAUGAAUGUAAAGUUGAAGUUUUAGAAUGUUGAGUGUGUCUGUCUAAAAUGUAGAGAUCUUCGGAUAGAAUGUACUAUUCUAGAUUGUUGGGGGUUCUGAGUGAAUGUUAAGUUAGGGUUCUAAAAUGAAGAGCAUUCUGAUAGAAUGUUAAGAUGGGUUCUAGAAUAUUGAGGGAUUGGAAAGAAUUUUAAGUUGUAGUUUUAGAAUGUUGCAUGGGUUGUAUAAAAUGAAAUACAGUUCUGGAAUGUAGAGAGUUCCUUAAAGAAUGUUGCACCAUUGUUCUAGAAUGUUGAGUGUUUUGAAAGACUGUUAAGUUUUAGUUCUAGAAUUUUUCAGAUGUCCAAAAGAGUGGUUUGUAGUUCUAGAAUGUUGAGGGUCCCUAAGAGAACAUUGCGCUGUAGUUCUAGAAUGUUUGGGGGUUCUGAAUGAAUGUUAAGAUGGGUUCUAGAAUGUUGAGUGGAUUUUAUAGAAUGAAAUCUAGUUCUGGAAUGUAGAGAGUUCCUGAAAGAAUGCUGCACCAUUGUUUAAGAAUAUUGGGGGUUUUGAAAGACUGUUAAGUUUUAGUUGUAGAAUUUUUUGGGUGUCCCAAAGAAUGGUUUGUAGUUCUAGAAUAUUGAGGAUCCCUAAGAGAACGUUGCGCUGUAGUUCUAGAAUGUUUAGGGAUUGAAAUGAAUAUGAAGUUGUAGUUUUAGAACGUUGAGUGUGUCUAUCUAGAAUGACGAGAGUUUCUGAUAGAAUGUUAAAGUUGAGUUUAAGAAUAUGACAGGUUUGUCAAUGGUUUUGACUUUAUUUCAAGAUGCGGAGAACGGGGACAACCCUGAUGUGUUCACACGUUCAUGUCCAAAUUAUGAUGACCAUAUAAUUCACUGUGCUGUCCUACCAUCAUAAGACAUCUUAAAGAAGCAGUUUCAACAGCAAAGUAGCAAAGUAUUAAACAUGCAAACUGACAGUCACCUGAUGUCCAGGCCUUGAAGGCAAAAAUAAAUGAGGUAUUUUAGCAACACACACACAGUCUGAUGUAACCAUCCCCUGUGUUCUGCAUACUGGACGCCCACAUAGAUACCUGACUUGGAUUAUAGAGUAGGUGGGUGAGUGCAGCAAAGUCAGUGGGGUUACCAAAAAAGGCCUCUUCAGCCGGCUAAUCUCAUCACAUCUCCAAUAAUUAGAAAAAAACACACAGUCCUCUACCUCAGAAAACCCACCUCCACCUCCACCACCCACUUCCAGCUUUGUCCUAGCUCACCUUGAUGAUCAUUAUGCAACUCUCACAUCGCCAGUGCUUUUGACCAAUUCAAGUGCAGUCAAUGAGUGACUUUAUAUUUAAUUUUGAGGGAUAGUUUGAUGCAUGCUGUAGUCUUGAGCCUCACUCUGAUUGGUGAUAAAAUGGUCUGCUUAGAUAAAUUUGCUGAACUUGGCUUUGCUGUUUGGAUUAGUCAGCUUUGGUGCACCAUUAAAUUGCUAAUCUCUUUGUUAAGAUAAUCUUAUCAAGCACAUAGUAUUCAGGCUUACCAUCGUCCAGACAGGACUUCUUUAAAACUACUGACAAAUUAAUCAGGAAAAGAACUCGUAAGUUUCAAACAUCUCGAAAGAGGAGCUUUGUGCAAACUGGGACCUCCGGCUUAGGAGUUUGCAGGAAAUGAUUUAAGGUCACAUCAUUUUUUUGGCCAUGAAUGUAGAGCUCAUUGCAUGUCACAACUGCUCGCAACCCUGUGCAGACCCUGAAAUGCCCAUGCUGCUCUUCUUUUUUAAGUGUGUCCUUUGUAAACUGCUGCUUUCUGUGAGUUUAAGCGCACACACAUGCAAACUCUCUACAUGGUGCCUCCUUUUCUCUGAAAAUCUGUCUUGGUCCUUGUGCGUCCCAUUGCUUGAUGUGUACAGUUAAAGCAGCAGAAGUCAGCCUAUGUAAGCGAGUCCUAAUCUGAUGCACAGUGCUUCCACCAGAACAGUACAGUGUAGACACUUAUUUUGAGAGGGAGACAAAAGAAACAGCUUUUAAAAACAUCCAUAUUUCAUAAAGAUGGGAAGCGGUUCCCCAAAGAAUCUGGAGAAAUCUCUGCAUGGUUGAAAACCAGCACUCGGCGGCUGUGAUCCUGAAGCCUACAUGAUGGGAAUGUCUCUGUAGUGGAAAUCACUGCAUGGUCUCAAAAUCCCAACUGCCUGUGAACUCAGUUCUCCACUGAGUCCAUAAAUAAAGGUCAAACUAUGCCACUCAGAGAGGGAACCAUGAAUAAAACAUGAUCCAGAAACUCUGCUGACUUUUCUGAGGUCGAGUUAAGAAAAUGAUGCAUAAAAAAAGUGUCUUCCAGUAAAAAAAACUGUGUUGCAGCCCUUAACACUUGGUUAAAGCACUAAUUAUGAACAGAUGAGCCCUAAUUAACAGAUUUAGUUUCUAAGAAGAUUUAGUUUCUGAAUUUCUUAUGUAGGUGUGCUGUUGUAACUAGUCACCGCUCUAAAGCAUGAUUGUUAUAUUGAGCAUCUGUGCAAAAAUGAAAAAGCACAUUCAUAGUAAUGGGAGCACAGCGGUGAGGAUAUACACAUGCAUGCAACCAUAUGGUAAUAUGUGGACGCACACAUGGACAGAUAAGCCUGCGUGUUGUUUGUCUCUCUGAUAGCGGGCUGAGAAGCAGCUUGGUGCUACAGGACCCAUGAUGACAGACCACAAAGCCCACCUGUGGCUGCUGGGCCUGGGGCAGCUCUCUCUUCUCCCUCCCGCCUGUACAGUGAAGGGCAAAGGCACAGCAUGACCUCUAACCCCCCCCACUGCUCCUGCUGCCAAUCAUCUUAGUAACCCUCUCAGCUUUUUCAUCAAACCCUCCCUUUGAUGCUGUACUGCGAGCUAUACUCCUUCGAUGAAAGGUCCCUCUCUCCCAAUCAGCUUGGCCUUUCUUGUCAUUCAUUUAGCCUCCUGCUAUCAGUGUUCCCCGCAGGCUGGCAUUUUAGAGGGGGGGGGCUCAAGGCUGUUGGAGCUGUCUGUGGAUUGUUGUUGACAUUUAAUUUUCCAAGCUCAAUAUGUCAUUUUCAGCCACAAUAGAUAUAUGAAGAUAGCUUUCACUAAAUUGCUUCAUCAUUAACUGUUACACUCUCAUCUGCUGCUGCUCCUGCUUUGGUGAGGUAGAAAAGGCUGCUAAUUAAAUCUGGAUUGCACUUGAGCGUUUCGUUGACACAAAAGCUGCCGGGCAGGGUGGCACACCUAAUUCAUUAAACCGGUGGCAGCGACUUUUUAAUCAGCUGGGUUGUCAUAGCUUGUAAUUGCAUAAAAAAAGAUAUAACAGGUGCAAAUAAAAAUGAACACGCAUGAUCAGGUGUGCAUGCAGGGGAUGAUUACAUCGCAUUUAUGUGAGCACAGGCCACAUGUGGAUAUGCAAAGUGCAGGAUUUAAAUUGCAAUUUACACUGUUGUCACAUCUGCAUUGUGUGUGCACGUGUUUGUGCUGCCUGAACUAUUAGGAGCUGAUAUGUUAUGUUAUGGGAAAAGCAAGUGAGGCUUUUCUUCAAUUAUUCCAAUUGUCACAGGGUCCCCAUGACUGAAUGCAGCCAAGCUAACACCACAUACAGAAAAUAAUUUGAAUUUAAGUUAUGCUGCGUUCCAGUUAGUUACCUCGGAAGUGAGAUGUCGGAGCUUGGAAUGAUGUUACAGAUGAGUUGACGGCGUUCCAGCAAACAAGUUGGAAAACCAAGAUGGACACUUACUGUUUGCCAUUGUUAGCUGUUGUUAACAAUUGUCAGCUGUUGUUAGCUAGUGUCAGUUGUUGUUGUUAGCGGUUUUUAGACCUUGUCAGCUGUUGUUAGUUGUUGUUAGCUAUACCAGUCGUAAACAACGCAUAAUACAGUAUUCCACUCUUACAAACACCAUAGCACCGUGUUUACAGUUGGACGUUGGGCAGGUACAACAUAUACCACUUAUUUAAUUUCACAAAAACAAAACAGAAGUGCUGAUCAAUAAUACAUUAUGAGAGCUUUCACUGUUACUCUUUACUGUCGAUGCACUGCGCUGCCAUCUUGGAUUAUGACGUUGUUGUCAAGUCAGGGUUGGUGAGGACUGUCUGACUUUCCUAAAAAAUCCGACUUCAGGGGGGCGUUCCAGAUAAAUUUACGACUCAGAGCCCGGAAAUCCUGACCUCUGAGUCCAACUGGAAUGCAGCAUUAUUUAUACAUAAAUUACUUUAGAUUUAAAAACAUGUUGCCCUGAUUUCGUUACAAAAUCAUUAGUCAGAACAGAUGAGCUCCAAAAAUUGUGAUGUGCUUUUGAAAGGGCAAGUCUGCAAUUACAGCUGCAUGAUAAAGUAAAAUAAAACUGACUCAAUGCGCACAAAAAUGCCUUUUUUUGUUUUUUUACGAUACUAUUAAGCCAUCUGUGAUAUGACAGUACAGGAUGUGUUUUGAACAGCAGCAGCCACAUCAGUCAGUGCAAAUUGUAAAAGGGUGAUGAUAGAGCAAGUAUGCAGCGAUUAGAGUCUCUGAUCCGAGGCAGAGACCAGUAUGCAGAGACCUCCCAAGAGAUAACAGAGCAGACAUGUGCAAAUGUGCUUAUGUGCAGCAGAAGUAGAAGCAUCUGCGCUGUGUUGAAAGUCAGUAUAUCAAGGUAGGUUUUCUCGACCUCUUGCACAGAGAAGCAGAGAAACAAGAAGAGCACAGAUGGAGCAACAUGUUUCUUCAUCAACCAGUUGUUGCAAGUGGCUUUCAUAGAUAUCAUCCACACUGCGUACAAUGAUAUCAACUAUCUUAAGCAGCAACAUGUGCAUGUUUGUAUUUCACUGAUAUGUGACGUGGAAGUUGCAACGCUUCAACAGUACAAAAUUCAACUCCAUUUUCCACACCUGUUGGUUGCACAAAGCUCUGUAACAGAAAGAGUUCAAAUCAGUUAUAUACAGUUUAUGACCUGGCUGGAUGUGCGCUUAAUUCUGAUUGGUAUGGGUGUCCAGUGUACCCUGUUGGGAUUCUAACUUGCAGAAACACCUGUUAACUUUAUCCCUCACAUAUUUGACUAUAUUUAAACAUAUAAUUAAGAGCAGCUUUAAGUGUGCGGUCCAUUUCAAGUCCUAAAACUUUGCAUGUUCACGCUCACUCCUUCAAACAGGUACAAUGCCUAUAUUUGUUUUCCCUUCAAUACUCUCAUUGUAUUUGCUCAACAGUGAGGGAGGUCAAUGAACCCUGAAAUUUCUUCCCUUGCAUUAAACCUCCUGCAGCCUUAUUCAUUACCAGGGAUUUUGAUUUUUAGGCAUCAUGUGUAUGUGUGGGUGGGAAUGUCCAUUAAAAUGUGAAUAAUGUGGGUAAAUCUUACUAAGGGGCUUUAAAAUGGGCUAAUCCCGGGCAAAGCCACAAUGAAGCUCAUUCACUUCCUCCCUGUGAAAGGAUUCGCCUCCACUUGAGUCCUUGGUGGGAAAGAAAGUGAAGAAAAACCUUAGGUUGGGAUAUGAGCUCCUGAAGUUCUCAGUGAGGGCCUCAUUUCCUCUUUAACAAGGGACUAUUCUCAGGGACCUCUUCCAGGAUAUCAAUCUGUUGAGUCUUAAUCAUGACGCGCCUCUCGAUGCAACAUCAACACUUCAGCUGCUUAAAUGGGCUAAAGACAAAGUGGAUUUCCUGUGUUUGGCCUCAGAUAUAAGCCAAUAUCCUGUCCAGUAUCAAAUAAGCAUGCCUGAUUGCUGCACAGUUAGUUAAAUCACAGUUUUAGCCGUUUCACAGUCAAAAAAACAUGACUGAUGAGGAUUACUGUGAUUCAGAAUAUGUGCUCUGCAAGUACAAAACUCAAUUCCAUUUACAUAGCUUAUAUAAUAUGCACUCUGUAUAUAUAUGUAUCAUUUGUCCACAAACGUUAAUCUGCUUAACUUGCUUCUCUGUAGUUUUUCUCUCACCUCCUGAGAGCAGAAGGAUCAAGUGUGUGUUAGUGAAACAGAGGGUCAGAGUGAGCAUUAAGAUUAGAGCUGCAAUGUCAACUAACAAACUAAUGGUUGUAUGACUAGACAGAAAGCAACCUGCAGGUCCGUGUGAUUUCAAAUAAAGUUACAAAAUUAUAGCUAAAGUCAUUUGUCGUGUUCACACUGGACACAAAUGAAACCAUUUUGCAAAUUUUUUGCACAGAUGUUGAGAAUUUCUUUAAGCAUGUAAACACAAAACAGAGGCACUCAAAUACCUGAAAAUUAAGGCAGUAUGGGAUUUAUUUAUUCGGUCUGGUGUGAACGCAAUAUGACUGCAAAACUUGCAAGUUUAUUUGUUUAGCACCAUUUACACAUAAGCCAAUUGAAAGUGCUUUACAAAUGCGAGGAAAUGCAUUGGCAGUUUAAAACUAGAGAUUAAAACGAUUUAAAAUCUAAAAAGACAAAAAAAUUCAAAAUCAAAAAGACACAGAGAUACAUUUUUUCGUAUGUUCCGUGUUUUCCCCGAUUAUUUAUAAAAAACCAUUGUUUCCCAGAAAACCAAAAUAAGUCGCAAACUUUCAGACCCGGAGCUCCCCAGAUGGUCAUUCGUUUUCUCUUCGUCUUUCUCGGACGGUAUUAGUUUUCACUUAGAAGCUCCCCAAUCUUUUACCUGUUCUUUUCAUUUCAUUAGUUAGGUCCACAUUUGAUCUUUAUUCCCCUUAGAAACAUGAAACAGAGGAAGCAUUUGUCAACUUAAAAUCAAUGAAAUAUUAAAAUAAAAUUUAAAAUUUUGAAAACAGUUAAAAUUGAAAGCUCAAACAACUUGCCCAACUUAAUUCCAUCCAAGUAAAGUCAAACAUCUUAUAAAAGAGAGAUUUUUAUACUUUUUAACUCUAUUUGUUUGAGCUUUUUAUUGUGUGAUGCAAAUUUAUGUAAUAUUUUUGUCUUAAUCCACUCGUAACAUAGUUGGGUUUAAUUUUUUUUAUUUUCGUUGUCCUCGUCUAGCUCUGGCAUAAUUAGGAGACAAGAUAAAUGUUUUUUUUAAUAUACAGUUUUUUUGUUAAAGUUGCCAAAGUUGACACAUUAUCUUGAUAAAUAAUUAUCACAUAAUCUAAUGUGACAAGCCCAAGAGCCCCCAGUCUUAUCUUGCAGUGUACUGUGGUGAGUCACAGCAAACAAACAGGGAUUUUGCAGCUUUCUAAUUACAGCUUUACUUUGUUACAAUGACAGUGACAUUCUGCCCGUUUUGUAACUGGGCUGUUCAAUCAGAGGUGUCCUACAUUAGUGAUUAUCAAACAUGUAUUGUGGGGCAUUCCCAUUUUCACUGGGAAUGAGAUAAUAAGCCACGGCGCCCAUGCCACUUGGCACGUAACAGUGAGAAAAGUGGAAGGAUAAAAAGGAAGUGUAGUAGAACAGGGAGGGCGAAAAAUAAGGUCCUGAUGAAAUACGAGGAACAAGAGUUGCUGACUGAUUCAUAGGAUGUCCAAAGAAGAUAAGAGCUGAAGAAAGAAAGGAACUGAAAGUUACAAUACAGGGGAAAAAUAACCUUGUUCUGCAGAGUCUGGCGGGAUGACUUCAUUGACUUAUUUUAAGCGUGUGCUCGGAGUCUGGCUGAGCGAGCUCCGCGCACAGUUCAUGUUUUGGAAGAGAGGUCACUCUUAAAUCUCAUCCACAUGUUCAACGCUGAUUAAAUCUGCCGCUACGAUGCGAACUCGGAGGGUCAUGUUUCUUGUUUAAGUUUCCGUGACAGUAAACAUCCUGCAGAAGUGUCCUUGAGCAAGAUUUCUGAUUACUCCAGCGGUGCUGCUCUGCUGCUGACCCUGACCUCUGAGGAGAUCCCAGAGAAUAAACGCCUUUCACUCAGUAGAGGAGUGUGUAGGUAAAGAUUGUAGCAACAGUUUAUAUAAGCUCAAGAAAAUAAAAAAUGACUUCUUUCAUGGUUAAUUUCCAUCUUUGCUUCUGUAAAUGUUAUGUUUUUGUUGGUUGGUUCAGGAUGUUUCUUCGCCUCGGUCAUUGAGAGGAGGUGUAGAGCUCACAUACAGUCCACAGAAUAGGGCUAAAGAAACAUUAUCAGGUGGCCUUGCUGUCUUUCUGCUCUUUACCGGCUGUUGCAUCUUAAUUAGUCACCAAAUGGACCUUAAAGAAGGGGUAUUAUGCUCUUUAUUAAACUUUGCAUUGCCUGACUGAUAGCCUUGUGAUAGCUUUGAAUGAUUUACAGCUCAAGAUUGUCAGUAUGUUUACAUGUCAAGCUAUGGUUAAACUUUAUUAGAUGAUUUAAUUGGACGACUGUUCAGGUUUACUGUUGCCCGGCAAGAAUCGAUUGGAUUCUGGACAAAAGCAUGUCGGCCUUCACUAAGGUUGGCGCCAUCUUCCAAUUGACCUCUUGUGUCACAUAAACAUGUUAGUCAGACUAACAUAUUUAUAUGUAUUUUAAAUUUCCAGAUCUUAUUAUACUAACUCAAUAAAUCAAUCUCUUGGCAGAUCUCUAGGAACCUCACCGUUGUUGCCAUCAGUGGCACCAUCAAGGAGGGACUACAGGGUUGUGGCCCCAAAAUGAAAUUGGUGACACCCGCUAGAUAGAGAAAAUCAUACAUUUGUAAUUUAAUAUAUUGUGUAAGGGACAGGAAAAUCAACAUAGUCCACCAGAAAACUAUGUAUAUCAACAAUUUUCUGCAUUGAAAUUUUUGAACAGCCAUAAUUUUUAAUUUUUGGAUUUUUGUGUGAAAAAGUCAGGGUGCCAUAAUUCCAGAUACAAUUUUAAGUUCUUUGUAAUUUGAUUUUUUCUGGGUAAAGGGGCAGAUUAUAUAAGAUUCUUUUUCUUUCUGCUCCCUUUCAUUCAUAUUUGCGAAUGUUUGUGCCAAGAUCCGGAGUUAAACAAAGAAGAAAAGCGCCCAAAUGCAGAACAAAAAUGAUUUAUUUAAAAUGAACUGAAUAAGAAGCAACAAAAACUUAUAAUCUUCAACUCAAAAACUCCCAAAGGCAAAAUCAACAAAAAGGUACUGGUAAAAACCACAUGGAGACUCACUACAUAUACUGAACUCGACAUAUACAUUAACACAAUGAAACAAUGAGGAAACGGGGGAAGACAGGGACUUUUUAUACACACUCAGGGAAACGAGCGACGGGAGGCAGGUGAGACACUGAGACACGGAGACACAGGUGCAGACAAUUACAGAGGAGGAAAAACUGAAGAAGUAAAACAAGACUAGAAACACAAAGAAUAAACUACUACAAAAUGAAACAGGAAACAGUGGAAACUGGUAUAAAGAAUAAAACACUGAGAACAGGAGGGAAACAGGGUCAGAAACAAACUGAAAACUCACAAGACAAGACUACAGGAACAAUAGGGAAAUACACAGAAAAUACACUUGAAUCACAAAAACAGGGGAUAAAACUAAAUCAACAGAACAUAUCAUGACAGUUUGUGUAUGCUGUAUAAUUAAUUGUUUUGAUUUUUAUCAAUGAAUGAAAUAAACAUUUCAAUUAUGUAAAAUUAAAUAAUAAAAAUGUAUUAAUUUGUGAUAAAAGAUACUGAACGAUAAGAACUUUUUCAGUCUUUCAAACACUUUCAAAUGCUAAAAUGAAGGACUGCAAGCGAUAAAAAAAUAUAUAUAUAUAUAUUUCUUUCCUUGCCUGAAUACUUAGUGCAUUAUGAAACCUGUUAGUUUAGCAGUCUGUGAGUGUGCCCUAUACAUCACAAUCGAAAACCCAUCCUGCUUAACAGAGUAAUUAUGUAGCUGCGCCCUGACUCACAUGCAUGUUUACAUUUAUCUAAGGUUUAUUCUGGAUAUGGAGGGAGUAGUGACAGCGUGACGUCUUUCAGGUUAUAUGACUGACAUAGUACGUCCUGCAAGGUAACUAUUAUACAUGCACACACCCCAAAUGCAAUGUUUAAACUUACUAAUAUGACGUUGUUGUACUCUAUGGGUACAUGAAUGAAUCCUAAACACUGCUUCAACACCAACAGUCUUAUUUUUCUUUGACUGUGUACAAUCUAGUCUAAUUUAAGCACAAGAACACAGACUUAGAACUUCUUCUUUGGUGAUAUUCAGUCAGUUUUUUUCUCGUUAGCUGGAUGCUGGCUGUGAUUUUUAAUCUGGUGUUUAGGUAGAAACUCUCAAAAUGAAGAAAACUUUGGUUUCUCAUUCUUUCAGAUGAAUAUGGGUUAUAAUUUGGGGUAAGAAAAGGCCGUCUGGUUCGUAAUUUUCAACAACAAACUGGACGUUAACGAGCAUCCAGAAACCAAACCGGAGUGAAAUGAAGAUGUACUGAAGGCAGAGGCAGUUUUGUAUUUGUCAUGGCAACAGUCCAAUGUAACAGGUGAGGGGAAAAAAAAAGGUUACACAUUAAACGGUGGCUCCCUACCUCCUGGUAAACACAAUUAGCGGCAUCAGGACAACGGCUGGAACCCUGUGUGGGUGUAUUUGCAUGGGUGUGAUCAUGCGCCCAUGUGUACAGUUCUGCCAGGUGUGACAGUGGAAUUAUAGGCGAUGUGUGCAUCCAAAGCACAGCUCCGCUCCGGGAUGAGUCUAUUUGCUUUGUGGGUGUUCGGAGUGUGAAAUAUGGUCGACUAAGGGAGAUCUGUUUCGUGCUUCUAUCUCUACACAGUUGAACAACUGUAAUGCUCUUUACGUCGGUGUUAAUCAGACUUCCCUCACACACUUACAGUUAGUCCCAAAUGCUGCUGCUCGUCUUUUAACAGGUUAACAAAAACAUGAUCUUAUCACUCCAAUCCUGGCGUCCCUCCAUUGGCUUCCCGUUCUUUUUAAGAUUUUAUUGUUUGUUUUGAAGUCGUUAAACGGAUCAGCUCCACAGUACAUCUCUGACUUGUUCAAUGUUUACACCCCCACACAUUCCUAGAGGUCUGCUGAUCAGCUCCAACUCAUUGACCCAAAAACUCGUUGGUUCCUAAAUUAUGGAAUGAAUUGCCACUCGAGAUUAAAACAUCCCCCACUCUCCCUACUUUUAAAUCAUGUCUUAAAACUUAUUUUAUUCCUUGGCUUUUAGUUCAUUUUGAGAGUUGUGUAAUCUCUGUCCUUUCAUGUCUUUUAUGGUCCUAAUCCCUUUUUUUUCUAUCACUUCUAUUUCUUUCUUUUUACCUGCUUUUAUGUCUUUCCUCCUGAUGUUUUUACUUCUGCAGUGUUGGGUCUUCUUGGUUUUACUGUGCAGUACUUUGGUUGAACUUUAAUGUCUUUAAAUUAUGCUGUAUAUAAAUUGGAUUGUAUUGGAUAUGUUUUGUUAAAGGCAGUCUUAAAUUUCUGUCACAUUUUCAGCCCUGCGCACACGUCUGUCUAUUGAGAAUUCAUCUAUAGCUUAUUGAAGAUAGUUAUACUCUAUAAAUAACCGAGUGCUUUUUUUAACCACACUUUCAAAGCCUUUCAAAGCCACAGCUGACCUAUUUUUUCUUACAUGGCCUUGACUCUGUAAGAGUAAUCCAACAUAAAGCCAACAUCAUGUAUGGCAGUCAGUGCUUGAGUUGCAUUGUCAUAAUCCCAGUGAGCGUAGGUUGUGCUUUCUUUGUCCUCUCGAGGACAGGACCAGAGCCAUGUUUGGUGUUUAUAAUCAAUGUUCUCUGAGUCAGGUUAUACUUAUUAUUUUAGUAUAAAUCAUCCACAAAAGGCCCGACCUUUGCGGGAGCUACAGCAUUGCAACAUUUUUCAAAGGUAGACAGAAAUACGUAAAUACAUCCCUGUAAUUUCAGAAGAAACAACUUCACUCCCCUUUUAGCAACUCCACUUCCUCUAAACUGUAGUGAAUAUUUCAUAAGUUUGCAAUUGUGCAGCUUUACCAGCAAUUCAAAGCUUACUGUGAGAAAAACAACGAUUUGAGUAUACUCACUUACGCUGACGACUGCUCCUUUAAAGUUCAUAAUCUGGAUUAUAAAAUGAGAUCUCAAAGGAACCCUUCAGUGUUCAUUGUUUACAAAGUUUGAUUGAUUGUAAGUAAACAUAAGCAAGGAAGUAAAAUAAAUGGAACAAGACUGAAAAAACUGAGGGCAAAAAAAAGGGAUCAUAAUGUCACAAAAUAAGGAAAAUUUGAUUUACUUUGAGCAACCACUUGCUCUUCAGUUCCUGACUAUACUGAUAGACAGUGAUGUGCAGCGACUGUAUGAUGGUUUGUCUGUAAUAGUACUGUGAUAAACACGCCAAAAAAGUGACUUAAAAUGGAAACAAUUUGUGAGUGAACUGCAAUACUUAAAAACUGUGAUCAGUAUCAAAUUUGGGCACACAUAUUUCAAUAGCGUCCAUUAUUGGCAGAUUAGUGUUAUGUCUCAGCCCUGCUCAAUUGGAAACAUACAGUAUGACAAACAGACUGGUCUUAAGAAAACAGUCAGAAUUAAAUGUAUUUUAAUAACAGGAUCACAGUUAAUGACUCCAAACUGGUUUGUUGGGGGUGACUAACAUUAGCAGAGCUAGCACCACCAGUCUUCGGUCCACCUUGAAGGUUAAUUUCCACAUACUUGCUGCCUGCUGGUUAUUUUUUUACACCUUCAUUUUAAUUUUUUUUAUCACAAUACACAAUUGACAAACUUGACCAAGAUACAACAUUCCAUCAGUCACUUGUGUUAGUUUACAUCCAGGUAGUAGAGAAUUGUAGACGUAUGGCAGUAUUUCAGGCCUAUAUUCAUAAAAAAAAUUAAUAAUUUGUUCAUCAAAUUAGGUACUCUGGUGCUGACGUGUAAUGAGGGCGACGUUUGAUCAACUAAACCCACACAUGUUUAGGGCAGUUGGUUAAAUUAUUCAAAAGUGGCUUUUAAAUACUGUUACUUCAAUAAACCCUUAAAUCUUAAAUAUGCAACCACACAGGCUAUCACUUAUUUCACCAUUUGAAUUUUCUUUGACAUCCAGGUCAGUCUAGAUUAGUAAAACAUACAGAUGGUUUUAUCUCAAUAAAAAGCUGAAAAAAGAGCCAAGACAUGAUCCUGCUCUGUGUAAAUAUGUAUUUAACAUGGAAAAUAUAUAGAGCAGAAGCUGUGGAAAGCUAUAAAAAUCAAUUACCCACCAAGAGGGAGGGCUGGGAUAUAACCUCCUCAGAGGCAGGCAAAUUUAAUUUCCUGCCCCUUGUUGGUCUGGUAAUGCCAUGUUAAUAGCUUCCUGCUCUCAUGUACUAUAGCCAUACUGCCACACAUGCUCGCUUAUUUCCACUACAGUCUACCCGCCUGUUACAUGAACGACCUUUACACAUUGUAGAUAUGCACACUCAUAAACAAACACACAAACGACACAACAUGCAUGUUAUUGUCUUUUAUCUGUAGGAAUAUAAUGUAAACAUCAUACCUCAAGUUGAGUCAAGUCACCCAAACUGAAAGAAGCUGGACUUAACUUGUAGGCAAAUAAAUAUGUUUGUCAUCAGCAAAGCAACAAAAUGACAUGUUAUAAUUAUAGAAAAGCAUAUUAAGAGAAAUUAAGAUAAGGCCCAGAACUGAUGCUUGACGGACACCACAAGUAAGAGGGGCCCACUCAGAGAAAUAUGCUGCGUUCUAGUUAGUUACCUCGGAAGUUGGAUGUCGGAGCUAGGAAUGACGUUACACCCGAGUUGUUCCAGUAAACAAGUCGGAAAACCAAGAUGGAAGCCUGCUGCGCUGCCAUCUUGGAUUAUGAUGUUGUCAUCAAGUAGGGAUUGGUGAGGAUAGUCCGACUUUCCGAGUCAGAAAUCCGUCUUUAGGGGGGCGUUCCAGAUUAAUUUCUGACUCGGAGCUUGGAAAUCCCGACUUCCGUGUGCAACUGCAACGCAGCAAGGGUCCCCCAGAUGGACUUUGAUUCGUCAGGAAAGACUUGAGCCACCUGAACUGAAAGAAGCAGUCUUUGUUUAAUUCAGAGUGAGCAUGUUUGAUGUCAAAUUAACAGUCUUCCCAUCAUCCUCUACUGAACGGUGGAUGUCAGACUGAAUGGUUUAGAUUCUGUGUCCUCGUAUCUAAGUUAUUUUAGCUGUAUUGCAAAAUCACUGUCAGUAUUUUCAUGGACGCUGCAGGAAGAUUCACCUCCUUGUCCCAUGACAGUGACUCAUCUUUGGCGUGGUGUUUUUAUAAAAAACAGAUGGAGUGUCCACUUAGAACUGGGCGCACCAGGUCAGAGGCAGACUUUUUUUUUAGAAAGGGUUAGAGUUUCUGCACCAACACCUGGCCCACUGACUAAAUCCUGAAUCAAAUCCGUCAGACCAUCUUCGGGAAUGGUGUUUCAAUUUGGAGGUUUUUCAGAUACAGUCUGUGCUGCACACACUGUGCCUUAGACUCUCAUGAGUUUGUUUCAGGUUACAUUCAAACACUGCCGCAGGAAAACAUCAAAUUUAAUCUCCCUCGUUGGACAUUUGCAGCCGUUUUGAAAAACUCUUAAUUAAACCCGACCCUUCAGAUCAUUCUGCACAUUGGACUUAUCAAAGGUUUGUAAUUCAUUCAUGGUAACCGUAAAUGUGCUGUUUUUCAGAGCAGACAACUGGUGAUAAUUAAAGCUUUUGAACAGGCAGUGGUCCAGAUCACGACUCGCUCCAGUGUGAUUCAUGCCUCUUAAAGAGAAGCAGAUACAUUGAAGGAGUCGUCGGGCCAGAAGUGGGGACUGUAGAGAAGGUGGUCCUCUUGUUAUCUUAAAACAAUCCUGUUCAAAGCAAACAAAGCCUGUUUCCAAGCCAACCCUGCAAGUGCUUGACUAUAAUUACCGAACACUGAGCAACCUUUUUCAGAGGAUGCUUUCAACCAGCACGAGUGGGAACCUGUAUCCCUGUCAGUGUGAGUGCUGUGUCCUAUCCAUGAAGCUACAAAAGACUAAAACUAUCAUACAUUAGCAAAAACUACUGCCACACUAACUUCAGCUAAGAGUAUCAUAUUUAAUUAUGUUUAAAACCACCGCCUAAAACUCUCAGCCUGACAAAGACUGAAAAAGUGGGCAUGCUGACUGCAGAACAAGCUGUAAAGGACGAUCAAAAUACAGAGAAAAAAAAACAUUAAAAAGUACAACUGUUACCAAACACGCAUCUGAACUCUAAUAGCGGCAUAUCUACGCCUCUGAUGUAGAGAAGAACAUCUUGCUCUUGGAUAUGAGUAAACACUUAGGUUAGAUAAACGUUCUUGCAUCCCUCCCUCCCUGUCUUCGCGGCCUCUCUCUCUCUCCCCAUUUUCCUCUAUGAGAGCUAGGCAGCGCCAGGCUGUGAGUCAUCUUCAGUCUUGGAGGUAUCUGGCGACAGACUCAAACUCACCCAUCCAGCAGAAGUGGGUCAGGAUGCCUAGUUUAUAUAUUCUGAUGGACAGCAGUCCUCCCUGAAUCUUUCUCUUCAGUUUCUUCGUUUCUAAACCCUCCAAGAUUGUUUUUUUCUUUCAUUCAAAUCCUUAAGGUUUCUAUCAAUGUUGAUGAGUUUUAUGAAAGAAAGAAAGAAAGAAAGCUAGUACUUUUUAUGAGGCUGGUAACAUAAUGCACGACUCAAAAACCACCCCCAGAUGGCCGUUUAUGUGUUUGUAUUACUUUAGACUUGGGAUGCCUGUAGUCUGAGCUGUUUAAUGAUGAGCACAAUGAUUACUCACUGAAUUACUUCACCGUAUGUUGUAGGCGAUUGCAAUGGUAUUGUAAAGCCAAAAACAUACAGGAUCCAUGUUGAAAUGGACAAAAUUAGUCACUUAGGAGCGUCCGAAUCAGACGCCUUGUCUUCAUGACUUAGCUCCCUUCUCUUCACAAUUCUGACGCUGCAAAAAUUAUCAGUUACGUGCAAUAAUAACAUCAUAUGAUUGGUUGUCCAUUUUAAGAUGUAUGGUAGGCACAGCUUUGGAAUUACCACUUAAACUGUGUCUCAACUUUCACCUUUGGUCAUGAUCUUGGAGUGACCCCACCUUGGAGACAUGUUAAGGAGCUCUGAAAACCAAAUGAGCCUCACAGUUGAGCCGCUGCUGGUUCACGUCCAAGGGAGCCGACUGAGGUGAUUCAAGCAUCUGAGUGAGCUGCCUCCUAUAGAUGAGUCCUUUUGGAGGUUUUUCCAAACUGUGAGGCAACCGCAAAGCAGAUGAAGAUGUUAAAAAAAAUUUAAAUUGUCAAAUUGAUUUUCCUCUCCAUCAUGUCUUGUGCCUCCAGGCCACCGUAGUCUCCCUGUUCCUGUGGGAGCGCUCCCCAGUUCCCAGACACACCAGUUUAAACAAACAUGGCGUUUGCAAAUGAAGGCGAUAAUUUCGUGGCUAAAUAGGACAAGAGCAAGUCAGUUGUGUGGAAUUGGUACGGCUUCGCAGUUUAAGAUGAAGAGCAAACCACUCUGCUGCUGUUUGAAGGCGGUAUCAACCCGUCCACACGGAAACAAAUUCAGGAGUAAACGCAAAAGUUUUUUGUCGUAUCGGAGUUUCAUCCACACGGAAACGGCAUUUCGGGUGACUGUAAACGGUACUUUUUGAAAAUGGGUCAGAGAGUGCAUAAAUCUGUAAACGACGACCAUUUCAUCUUCAUGUGGAUGUUUAUCUGCGUCUCUCAAAAUGAUGAUUUGACACACAGCGUAACUCUUUAUGGUGCCUGCGCGUGUCCAUCCAAAACAACUUUUAUAAACAUGCUCUGUACUCUUCUUCUGUCUUUUGUACAUUUCCUUACUGGCUUGGCAUAUGCACUACAUCAUUUUUAUCGGUUUUGUUUUGAGAGAUGAUAGAUAAACGUAAUUUUAAAGUAAACUUUGGUGAAGUUGUCACUGAAAAAGCGAAAUUGAAAAUCGAGUUUUCAGAGAAGAAACUCAGGGUUUUAUAUUUGGCCCAAAUCGUGCAGCCUUCCUGGAGGGGCUGCUUCUGUCAGAGAGGAACAUCUAAACCUACUUAUUGGCCUUACUCUGUAUAUUUCGAUCAAAAUAAAAGGAUGGAUGUCUUUGCAAUUGAGGCCGAUUAUAUCAUGCAACACUUCUAUUCCAAAGAUCUCAUUUUUCCUCUCUCUGACUGUCACUUUUCACACAUUUUGAGAAAGACAGCCAGUCUGGAUUGAAAAAUGAACCCACACCUCCCAUCCAUCCAUCCAGAAGUGGUAAUUAUGCAUAACUCGUCAAACAAACGCUGACACCGAGAGACAAAAGAACCAACGAGGGCCCUCGUUACAUAAAAAUCAGUUCAUCUGGGAUGAAAGAUUGGCUGCUUUCAUUCAAUAGAAUUUGAAUGAAUGGAGGAUUUGUUGUCGCCUUGAUGCGCACUCGCAUAUAUCCUCGCAAUGCAUAAGAAGCACACAAUUAUAGGGCUGUUGUCUGUGCGUGCGUGUGUUUCUGUUAAGAUGCAGUUUCAGCUUUCAGUGUCUCUUGUAGUUCUUCAGCUCGGUCAUUAAAAGAAGAGACACACAUGGACCCACAAAUACACAUGCUGUGUGUUUGUGAGGCAUUAAUUGUUCUUUCUGGUCCUUGUGUGUUACGUAGUGUGUCAUGUUUUUGAUUCGAACAGUGUGUCUCAGCGUCUGAAUGUUGUUUUCAGUGUACAUCUGUGCUUUUUCAUUCGUGCACAAAGGUGGCGCUUUUGAUAUUUAGCUCAGCUGACAUUAAACCAUGCGGGUCAGAGCUGUUUCUUUUCCAUCACCCGUGGCUGAGGUGUUUAUUGUCUCCUUGUGUGUGUGUGUGCGUGUGUGUAUGUGUGAAGCAGUCAGAAUUCACACUGUAUUUAACGGCAGUCCACCGCUGAGCGAGAUAUUUUCGUCUCAGUGUGUGGGCGGCUGCUGUACGGAUGUCAGAGACAGACAGAUAGCAGAGAGAGAGGAAGAGUGAGAAAUAAAGAGGAUGUAUCCACUUCCUCGAAGCCACAUGAACCUCCUCUCAGUUUCCUGCUCAUCUUACAGCUCAGGCUUUUUUAAAGACACCAGCGUUCACCUCUGACAAAGAUCCUGCACGAUCUGAUCAGCCGAAUUAUAAAAACACAACUUCUAUCCGUGUGUUUGCGUCCAUGUGACCGUGUAAUCACCAGUUCUUCUAGUCUGGUGUGUCCAUGUGUGUGUGUUUACAUCUGAGUGAGAACAUCCUGCAACAGUGUGGGUGUGGAUGGCGCACCUGGGUACAUGACAAUUAGGUGUGACAGAGAUGAAUGGGAAAUGAAUCCUCUGAUGUGGCGUCUUGGCAAUGCUGACAGGAAACAACCUUCAGACGCUUCAGAUCUCUCGCCAGCUCUGCCGUCCACCUGACUGAGGUUAAAGGUCAUAGGCGGAGGAUGUUAUGUGUGCUCCGGUCAUUACCACACUGGAGGCAGGCUUCCUUUUAUAUGUUUCCAUUUUUAGCCGCCAGCCUGAACAUAAAGUACUGAACGGCUGCCGCUGCUGUAAGUACAACAGGCAGACCUCCAAGCAGCUGCUUUUACAGCAAAUUCUACAUUUUCUAGAUCUAUACUGCAACUGAAAAUCUAUAACUGCUGCUAGUACCUUUACUUUGAGUUUUAAAUUACUUCACUAGUAUUUUUUAACACUAUUAUAACACCAUAUGGAGCCCAUUAGUAAGUGUAGCUCGCUAUAGAAUAAACAUGCAGCAUUACAAAUACUGACUAUCAACAUACACAUGUUUUAAUUUCUAUAUCUGUCAAUUUUCUCAAGGAAGAGAUGUCUUAAGUCCCUUCAGCACCACUUGAACAGGGGGCACUUGGAGGUACAGUAUAUGGCAGCCAUCAUAAUACCUUUUUUAUUCAAUUUUACUGACUCUUUAGGGUUGGGCGAUAUGGCCUCAAAUUAAUAUCUCGAUAUAUUGAGCAGUUCACCUCGAUCACGAUAAAUGAAGGAUAACUACUCCACAAGCUGCUCACCCCCUCCCACAUUACCUUCGUCUACUCCAGCCGCUACAACUUCUGAACCGUCCUUCAGCUCCUUACCUGUCUUUCCCUCUCUGGAUGGGGUGGAGUCACGUCUCCGAUGUAGGACAGCGUCUUAGAGGGACAUGAGACCAUUGUCUACCUACACACAUCCAAAACAAACUUUUAUUUAUUUAUUUUUUGACACCGAAUAUAUUGACAUGAGCAAAAUGACGUUGUUUAUUAUUGUAAAUUUUUGUAUCGGUAAAUUUUCAGUUUAUUGCCCAGCCCUAUUUAUUAGCCUAAAUAUGCCAAAUAAUAAAAAUAGCUCUUUAUCUGUAAUUUUCAUUCUCUUCAGAUUCAUUAAAUACAUCUAUUAUAAGCCUGAAGAUCUAUCUUUAUGAGGACAUUUCUGCACAACUGUCCACUUAAAUCCAGUCUGUCUGCAUGCACGAGGGAAUUCACCUUUGACAAACCCCAUUAGAGAUAUAUCAUGACCUCAAAUUUACUUAAUUCUCCUGAAGAGCAGUGAGUGGCAGACUGCGGUUAAUGGUGUGAUACACUGUGGAAAAAAACUCCUCCAUCCCCCAUGAUCCAAGUCCAGUAAAAGAUUGAAUCCAAAUGUGCUAUAUCCUGAUCGAACCACAUAUUACCCACAUGUUUAACAGACUGAGAUUUUUAUAUCUUCAUCAGAACAGCUUUCUUCCACUGAGGCUGCCAUCUUGCACCCGAAUGUUUUUACAGAAACACAGGGAAGCCAAAUUAGUAACAGUCCUUCUGCAAUUUUUCUGUCGUAUUAAAAGUUGAUAAUAUAUAUUUUUAUAUAUGUAUAUUUUUUUUAUUUAUAUAUAUAUAUAUAUGUAUUUUUUAUAUUUAUUAUUUAAUAUUUGUUUUGAUUCUUUUAUUAUUUAUUUAUUUAUUUUUCUCUCUUUCUCUAAAUAAUAAUAAUAAUAAUAAUAAUAAUAAAUCAAUAAAAUAAUAAUCAUAAUAUAUAGCUUUAUAUAAAAAAUAAUAUAUAUAAAAUUAAAAUUACUACUACUACUACUACUACUACUAAUAAUAAUAAUAAUAAUAAUAAUAAAAGCUGACGAUCUUAUCACUGGCCUUUUUCUGCUGCCUCUGCAGCUUGAACCACAAUCUGACUGCAAUCUUCCUGUAAUUGCAUGCAGCCAUGUUGCCUGAAGGGGUCUGAAACAGUUUGUGGUGCUGACUUUUUGAACUUGAGCAUCUGUGGCUAAAGAGCUGUAGCAAAUCUGAAAAAUGAAGAUGCAUGUUAACGAAGUACAGGCAGGGAUCCUUCCAGCACAUGAAAAAGACUCAGACUCCUCUAUGUCCAACAGAAGAAGCUAAAUUAUUCUUUGCACAAAUUUUUAAAAUACAGACUUUUGUCUCUGAUAAUCUUUAACUCAAAUGAAAGUAUCAGUCAAACUGGUGGCCCCGGAUACUAUCUCUUCAACAAAAGCUCUCACCGGCACCUUGCACCAUUUUUCAUCGCACUGCCAUGUGACUGAGGAGAAGCUCACUGACUGCUGUUAGUAAUCAAGGGAGGAUCAAGGAUCCUGGAGAACAACUUCAGCUUUGUGAGUUGAUUGUGGGUGUGUGGUGGCAAUUGCUGAGUGAUUAACUCUUUGUUUGUGUGUGCGUGUUUGGUCACAGAUGGCAGCCAGCAGUACGUGUGUCCAGGGGGGCCAUCCAUUUGCUCCAUGUGUAGUUGCAUGCUGUCGUCAAAAAUAGAAAAGUGAGAGCAGGGCGUAAGGUCAGGGCCGGCUAAUGCCUCCUUUGAUUUUUAACAAGGAUUUCCUCCCUCCAUGGAGCCCGCUUUAUUAACAGCAUUACAUGGCAUCCUGUGAUCAGGAAAUCCCCCCCCACCUCCGUACCAUCACAGGACCAGUUUCAGAACACCACACCAACCAUUUAAUGCAGGAAAUAAGCUGAAGUUAUUUAAUAGUUUGGCACUUAACUUUCACAGAAGGUUCAAAGGGAGUCGCUGAUACUGCGUGUCCAAGUCUAAUCUAGUUUGACCAUUUUUAUUUUCCAAACCAUCCCACAUGAUUCAUUUCGUGUUUUGGGGAAAUUUUCCCGUUUCUAUGUUCAAAGACUUGCAUAAUGUGCAUUCAAUUAAACUGAAAAUUAAAAACUAAACCCACCAUCAGGAUCUAGUUAUAAAAACUGAACUUUUUAAACCUCGAGCUGCUGAUGCACGACUUUCUCUCCAUCACCUCUUUUUUUAACAUCUUAGAUAAAAAACAAACUCCUUCUCUCACAUAAUUUCAUCGAGUUUUUGAAAGUCGUGAUGCCAUGUCAUUUUGACACACUGCACAACAACCUCAUAAGAAAGGAGAGCGGCAGUGAAUUUACCUCUUUAUCCACAAAUGAGACUUGAAAGUUGUCGAGCAGCACAGCAACCCACCCAUGGAUGUGUUAGAUUGGCUAAUUGUUUGAAGCAUUCGUGCUGCUCUGCUGAAAGUGAAACUGAUCGGACAGUAUCUUACAGCGUGGAUGUCUGUGAAGGCUGGAAUACUCAGAAUAAGCCAAAAAUAUACCGUCAAAUUCACAGGGCAUGCAUAAAGAGUGACAUGCUCCAGAAAAUUUACUUUUAGUGUGCGUCAGUGUUGUUUGCGGUACAAAUGAAUUAAACGUCAUGGAUCAGUUUGAAGCAAAACAUCCAUCUUUCUAUGCAAGCGAGCCACAAUACAAAUCUGUAAAAAUGACCUCGAUAUUCUAGUUUUUAUAUUACUGAUAUCAAUGCAAUUCUGCUAUGAAUCAACUUUGCAGUAAAUUGCUGAGGAUUUUCCCUCUUUGUCCAUCUCAUCAAAGAUGUCAGGAUAAGAGUGCACAGCGCAGCUCCGUGCAGCAGAGAGGACACUCACAUUCAUAUGAACACUAAUGUUUAAAAACUAGAGAUGCACCAAAAAUUUCCGCCGAAAAUGGCCCAAAAGUGCAUUUUCGGUUUUUGGUCAAAACACUUUUCUCACUGAAACAAAACAACCGAAACAGAUGUUGUGGUGACCCAAAAAACGCGACCAGUAUGCGCCUCUUGGUCAAGAGCCAACAUGUGUGCGGUGUGGACGUAUUUCUAUAUACCUGAGAACCACGGAUAGCGAUUUGCACAGUGGGUGCAUCUGCAAACAGUUUCUUCACGUCACCUAAAAUCUAAACAUCCAGAUCGCCACUCUAGAAGAAAGCAGCAUGGACCACAAAAAUCCCUCAGAGCAUGCCCACUCUGUCCGUGGCAGAUGCAGCCAAAUACACGAGCAGACGCUGGGGGAAGUUUCACCUCUUCUCACCUUGAUUCAAAACUUCAACAGAUAUCAACAUUGCAACCCUAAUCCAUGCUCAGCUCUCCUGCUCUCGGCUGCUCGAAAGUAAACACACAGAUGCUAAUUCUUCUUCUAGCCGGGUCUCUCCCGCUGAAGACAAACCUUUGAGUUGUUUUUGCCCCGUGCGCCAUCUUAAGGGGUAAACCACUCAGAAAAGCAGCUACAAACAGACUCAAAAACUCAAAACUCAUGUUUCAAUUGCAUAAAUGAAUAUUAACGUAUUGUUUAAUAUUAAAAAUGAAUUCAUGCAAUUGCAAUGCCUUGAUCAAAGUGAGAUUAGUACACAGUCAUAGACUGCAGUGGUGCUAUUAAUUAGUGUUUUAAUUUCUUUUGGUGUGUCAGUCUUUGGCCUUGGUUUCCUCAUUUUCGGUUACGACCAAGAAUUUUCAUUUCGGUGCAUCCCUAUUAAAAACGGAUUAUUUUCUCUCCUUGGCUCAAGUUCAAUACAUAUCAACACUCUUUUUUUGCUGUCCUUACAAAUUCACAUUUUUUCAAAACCAAAUUUUUCAGGCACCUAAAUUCCAUUUACAUGUGGUCAUGAGGUCGAAACAAACAAAAAUAACUAUGUUUCAGAAUUAUCUUUUGGACCAGUGUGGCUCAGCGUGAUGUGGGUUAUAUGAAAACCUGUAAGGCAUAACUUGAGAACAGCCUGCACUGGCCUUGAACAUCUCUGUUUGCAGCAGGCUUUUUAGUUCGUCGUUUACAUUUGAAUGUAUUAAUUAACCCUCGUGUCACGUAGACUAUCACAGAAGUGCCACUUCAAAGAGUUAGUGCAGUCACGCUUUCGUCAACUCCUGUCUGUAAUAUUGGUGGCUUUAUGGUCAGCGUGUAAACACAGUCGGUGCUCUGCAUAACGAGGGGCAGGCGGUUUGAAUAUUAAACACCAUGAGGCUUGAGAGCCCAUCUGCGUCUCCUCCAGAAGAAAUUUUGCUCUGGCCAACGUGACAGGCCGUCGGGUGAGCUGUGGUCACCCUGCUGAUUCAGAUUUACAAUUCAGAUUUCAGCCAUGUGCUGUCACUCAAAAAGUAAGGCUGACCAACAGAUGGGAAAUUGUUCAAAUAUGCUGUAGUGAGAAUUUUUUCAUAGGUCUGUUUUUAUUUUUGUCAUCUCUGAGAUUCAUCAUCAUGAUAUAUCGGAGCCAGCUUCAUACGGAGGAGCAGCGAAAAUCAGGAGGUCUUCUUUUUUUGGAGAUGAGUAUGGAUGUCAGGUAGAGCAGAGGAGGUAGAGAGGGAAGGCACGACAUCAGAGAGGCCCUUCAGUCAAGAUCAAACAGCUUCUUUAUGCGAGGGUCACAGUGUGUGAGGUUUGCUGCCAGCACAGAGGGGGAGCUAAUUCUGGAGCUGAUGGUAAUCAUGUUUUUGAUCAGACAUCUGGGAUUUGAUUUAGAAAUAGAAGGAGGGCUGCUUUUUGAUCUGUUUGCUCUUGAGGAUCCGUUUGAUGGUAAACAUCACAGCCACCGUUAACAUUUUAGCGUGGACCUCUCCUCUGAUGACACCGCCAUGUUAGGUAAACCUGCUGCGGUCAUGUGACUCAAUUCAAAAGCCGACCUUUGCUUCACAUGUGAUAAUUAGCCUUUUGAAAAGUAGGGAGGAAAUUAAGGUCAAUGAUCAUUUUACAGAUUCUGAGUCCGAUUCCAAAAUUAAUAUCGAUUCCUGCUCUAAAGAAUUCUUGAUUUUGAUUCUCAAUAUCGAUUCCUGUUCUAAACGAUUCUUGAUUCCAAUUCUCAAUAUUGAUUCUUGUUCUUAACACUUCGAGAUUCCGAUUCUCAGUAUCAAUUCCUGUUCUAAAUAAUUCUAGAUUUGGAUUCUCAAUAUAGCCUCUUGUACUAAGCAAUUCUAGAUUCUGAUUCUCAGUGUCAAUUCCUGUUCUAAACGUUUCUAGAUUCCCAUUCUCAAUAUUGGUUCCUGUUCUAAAUGAUUCUAGAUUCUGAUGCUCAGUAUCUAUUCCUGCUCUAAACGAUUCUUAAUUCCGAUCCUCAAUGUCAAUUCUUGUUCUUAACACUUUCAAUUUUGAUUCUCAAUAUCAAUUCCUGUUCUAAACAAUUCUCAAUUCCAAACCUCAAUAUUGAUUCUUGUUCUAAACAAUUCUAGAUUCCCAUUCUCAAAAUUGAUUCCUGUUCAAAACAAUUCUCGAUUCUGAUUCUUGAUAUUGAUUCCUGUUCUAAACGAUUCUCAAUUCCGAUUCUUUGUGAUGGACGUCAACAGUUCACAGCCCAUACAUCAGGAGAAUUUUUUUUCAUUUGAAAAAGCCUUAACACAGGUGAAUUUAUGUAUUCACAUUACUCAAAGCAGGCUGUGACUGGCUAACGUUAGCAUCACUUUGUGAGCGUUCAACAUCUACAAACAGAUAAACACAGUUUUAUGAACUGGUAGUCUAUAACUUAAGCAGGUUUGUUAAGAAUGAGACAAACAUAAUUUUCAACUACUGGAUUCUGUUUGCAACAAGGAUUUGCUGGCUGAUGAUGGAGGUUGAUUAGUAAGAACUGCUUUACUUUAUUAAUGUAGAUUUUAAAAUAGUUUUAAAAUGUAAAAAAAUAGGAUUCCAAACAUGUAAUAAAGGUGGGAUUAAUAGCUAUUCACCAUUUAAAUUUUGCAAUAAUCAUGAUUGGAAAAUAUCACACAGCCGUUUAAAAAAAAAAAAAAAAAAGGAUAAAAUUGAACAAAAAUAUUCUGGCCCUGUUUCUCUCAUAACCCCUUAACCCUGUUUUUAACUCUCCACAGGCCUUGAAUUCCAGUAAAUACACAACAGCCCUUUAAUUCUGACUUCACGUACACACAACGUGAACAUUGUGUUCAACAUCAUGAGUGGUUCACUGUCACGUCACUCCCACUGCACCCUUAUUAUUACAGCGAAUACUUUCUGCUCUGCUACCCAAGCCUCACCACCCACUCCUCUCCCAUUGUACAUAAGACCCUCGCUGGCAGAGUGCCAUCACUACAUUCCCGUCACUGCUGACCGCGGUUACGGCGAGCUAUGACCCCUGACAUUCCACACAGCUUAUCAGUGAUUAUAACACUGAAGUUUCUGUUGAAGACAGCAGGCUGGAGUCUGUGUGGCGCAGGUGUUAGAGGUCGUCUCCUGACGGACUUGGUUUUAGUGUCCCUCUGGAGAUUCUGUGCAGACUUCUGAUGGGACUGAUGCAUCUCAGUUUGAUAUAACACAUGGUUCCUACGCAAGUAUGGAAAGUAUGGAAGUAGUUUAAACAAUUUCCAGGUCUUAAAAAGUAUGGUAAAUGAAAAAUAAAGUAUCUAUGUUUCCAGACUAUUACCACAGUUUUAAAAUACUGUUUUCUAAAAAUAGAAAAGUAGGUAUUUCCAAAAAUAAUUGUAAAAAGUAGGGUAUAGAAAAGUACUGUGUAGGAACCCUGAUAACAUUAAAUCCUCAUACAGCCAAAAUGGGAAAAAGUGAACUGUCCCUUUAAGGUGUAACUCCCCCAGAUUACUGGAAACAGAUAACAAAUGUAACAAUACUUAUGAUUAGGGCUGGGCGAUAUGGCCUCAAAUCAAUAUCAUGAUACAUUGAGCAGUUCACCUUGAUAACGAAAAAUGGACGAUAACUACUCCACGAGCUGCUCACCCCCUUCCACAUUAACUUCGUCUAUUUCAGCCGCUACAACUUUUGAACCGUCCUCCAUCUCCUCACCUGUCUUUCCCUCUUUGUUACGGGCUGGAUGAGGUGGAGUCACGUCUCUGACGUAGGACAGUGUCUUAAAGGGACAUGAGACCAUAGCUUAAUAUACCCAAAUAUACCGAUACGGGCAAAAUGACGUUGGUUAUUGUCAUAAAUCAGGUACGGUAAAUUUUCAGUUUAUCACCCAGCCCUACUUAUGAUAUAGCCAAUCAGAAUCAAGCAUGCAGUCUCGAAAUAAUUCCAUGUAAACGACACUGUGGAUGUUUCUGUCUUCGUGUAAUUCACAUGCAUUUGACACUCAAUCUGUCCUGCUGAUGUCUGAAUGCACCCAAACUUCCUGGCGUAGGGGGGGAUGCAGAGGGUAUGGAGGUCUGUGUCUGCCGAGUGUAAAUGAGCUGAGCAGAUGUUGGCCAGAUGUCGCCGAGGAAGAGGGAGGAAAAUAAAGAGAGCAAUGAGCAGAGAUAGCAAGAGAGACUGGCUCGCCGCACACUGACAGCUUUGUUCACCUCUGCUCGGGAAUUAAGCGUAACCCUCCCUUCCUCUGUCUGUCUCCACACAUACACACUCGUCCUCUCCUCCUCUCCUCCUCCUGUCAUCCCUCCAUCCUCUCCUGCCUCCUUCUGCGCUCUCUUUGAAGUGAGGACAGUGUGCAGGAAGCAAGCCGGAAUCGAUUGCUCCAUGCAUCAGGCGAGGAAUGUGUGACACCCUCCUCCUCCUCCUCCUCACCCCUCCUUCCUUCCUCCUCUAUCCUCCCGACACAUCCCUCAUUUAUUUCCCCUCCCUCAGCUCUUUUUCGCCAUACACCACCUGCCGCCCUCCACCUUUCACACAAGACCCUGCUAUUAUUUUGGGCGGGAACCCAACUUUUCUUCACUUGUUGCUGCUACAGAGUAAUGUCUAGACAGUGAUGUAGUACAGCUGUUUAAGGUGUUACGGUCCAUGCUCGGAGUUUGAGUCUGUUUGGAUCAGUGAGUGAAUUAACUGGACAUUCAUUCAACAAUAUAACCCCUAAUCUUCAAGCAGCCUCCAGUUACAUCAGAGAUACAAAAUCCUUACCUUCCUCACAAACAGAAACUCAUUUUAAAAACUCUUUAUUAGAGAAAAAGAUCAAAUCAAAAGAUCACAAAUUUUUCCUUUUUUUUCCCUCCGUGGCUUUUGUUCUCCAGGCCUUGGAUUACAAAUAACCCCUUGAACUUCUGUUUAGCCAGCAAGUUAGUCAGUCGUUCACAAAGCCAGCCGUUAAGUCAGUAAUCCAGCCGUGUGAGUCAUCACCUCCUUCAGUCUGCCAAGUUAGAACAGGCUCAAGGCCUCCGCCGCACGACGGUGAAUCAGGAGGGAUGUUGUGUUGGCUAACCCUGCUUUACAUUUUGCAUCACCGUGGCUGUUUAAUACUCUUUUCCCUCCCACUGAGAUCGCUGUACGUUUCAAACAGGGCAGUGAUGCAGGUCAUAUGUAAAAAGCUCCAUUUAUAGUGAGGAUUUCUGAUGACGUAAACGCCUUUUCAGCACUUUUAGUUUGACCUUUACCUCAGUGAAAUGAGUCAACUCAUCUUCUGUUAGCCCUAAAGUUUCAGAUCCACGUCGUCUAUGAAGCAUCAUUUUAAGACAUUAAAGGGAUAUUCCAGCGUAAAUUUAAGUUAUGGUCAAACACACCGUAAGAGUUAGACACCCCCUCGAGAGAUUAAUAUUGCCGAAGGCUUGCUUCUCUAGUUAUACCAACUUCAGUAACAACCGCAUGAUAGCAAUACACAGCGGUCUAUGUCUCCACGCGCAAGCCACAACCAAAACGCCACUCUAUAACCACAAAUAAUGCUCAGAACAGCACCUAACUUCAUUAACGGUACAUAAAGGGUCCCAGCCAUAGUACUAACCACGAAACAUCUUUUUAACUUUGCCUGAUUUCUUUAGCAAAGAGACUAAACACAACUCACCCACUCUCCUCCAGCAGCCGCUUGUUUGUGGGGAAGCCCUGAUGAGUCGAUCCCAGAGUGCAGCGGAAAAUUUGUGAUUAUUACCUCAUGGAAAUGCAAUCAGAGUUCUUUUGUAUUUUGUAUGUCAGUUUAUAACUGUUAUUAUUGGGAAAUGAGCGCAGAUGAGCAUUUUUAACUUUACGUAUUUGCAGGGGAAACUCAGGUAAACAAACGCAAGAUUUGAUGUGAAGUCAAAUUUGAUUGUUUAUCUCACGAAGAGUGAGGAGACAGCAGGAAGGUAAAGAGAGAAAUCAGUCAUGACCAAAUACCUAAGACCAAGGAGGACACAAUGGUCAAUGUAUGUAAUUAUCCAGGUUGUGGAAAGAAGCAAAAGAAGAAGCAUUUCCAUGAAGUAAUAAUCAUAAAUGUUCUUCCUUGAGCUUCGAAACUCCGCUGCACUCUGUGAUCGACUCGUCAGGGCUCCCCCACAAACAAGCAGCUGCUGGAUGAGAGUGGGUGAGUUGUAUUUAGUCUCUUUGCUAAAGAAAUUAGGCAAAGCUAAAAAGAUGUUUGGUGUCUAGUACUACGGCUGGGACCCUAUAUGUCCUGUUGAUGAAGUUAGGUGCUGUUCUGAGCGUUAUUUGUGUCUAUAGAGUGGCGUUUUGGUUGAGGUUGGCGCAUGGAGACAUUGACCGCUGUGUAUUGCUAUCGUACGGUCAUUACUAAAGUUGGUAUAACUAGAGAAGCAAGCGGUCGGCAGCAUUUAUCUCUCAAGGGGGUGUCUAACUCUGUGUUACGGUGUGUUUGACCAUAAAUUAAAUUUACGCUGGAAUAUCCCUUUAAGUGUUUUGAAUAUCCAGUUAUCUGUCAGACUUACAUCGUGGUGUUGGCUCCUUUCAUCAGACUAUUGUUUUAAAUACCUCUCUUUACCGUGCCGUGUCCUCUGUUUAAUGCCCCCAUAUCACAAUGGAGGCUAGACGGAGCGAGAGCUUGGCAUUUGUUUAGAGCAAAAAUCCAUGGCAGCCCUGAGAGCAGCACUUGAGUCAAAGAUAACACUUGCACAAUUGUCAGAGACCACAAUGCACUGCAGCUCAACCAGCUGGUUGACUGGUCUUGUUUUCUCUCCAGCUCCUCAACGGUCAGACACACUCGGUGCCCGUGCGGACCGCCGCCAACAGUCAACACUCGAACGGUUUGCCAGCGUGUCACGGGGCCUCUUCAGAAGAAGAAGAGGAGAGUGUCAGUGAGUCGGGAGGAAAUUCCGGGAGCCAGGUGGGAACCGGCAAGGGAGGAAGAGAGGAGGAUGAAGAGGAGAGAGGGCAGACGCAUCCACUAGAGGUUCUCUCAGGUCAUCCGUCAUGUCUGGAGUCCACCCUGCGCCACAUCGUUCAACAGCUGGAUAUUCUCACCCAGGUGAGUAAACGGUAUCAAAAGCACCGGCAGCAGACUUGGUCUCAGAAGAUGAGAACUGAAUAUGAUAGAAGCUGGAUGCUCUUAAGCGUUUUUAUCCUAUAUAGAUGCUUUGGUGUAGUUGACCAUUUCCAAAUCAAAGAGUAGAUGCCCUGUCUGUGUUUUCCUGUUUCAAAAACGAUGUAUUUCUCUACAUCUAUAUAAUAUCUAUUCUUGCGUCAGACAAGGCUGCUAAUUUUUUUUCGAGGUCCUGAUGAAUAUUCAUGAGAAAAUCAGCUCCAGACAAAGACGAUAUCACACCAAUUUGCUGCUGGAUUUCUUUGGUUUCAAACAGAAUGUGAUGUGUCAUCAUCUAAACGCUGCGCCCACAGACGGGAGAAAACGAUCAGCGCCGAAUUUAUGCAAACCAGAGCUGAGAUGCUAUAGAAAGACUUGUAGCUUCCCCAAACAAAAGAUUUCAGCUUGUCAAAGAAUCAAUUUAUUAUCCCCCAGACAGGAAAAUCUGUGCAGACAAACAAUAUACUUAUUCUGUCACAGUGUCCCUCUCUUUAUUCUGCUAUUACAACCACAAAAUCAUCAAAGUCAGGACGUGGCGUAUGGCGGAGUAUAAGAGUUUAAAAAUCACUUCAUCCUUUUGUUCAAUUGAAUAAAAACACAAAGGGUCGUCUGGCAUCUCGUGUUUUUAACUCAUUGUAAAUUAACCGAAUAAGUUCAGAAUCAUUCCCUCAGGUGAUUUUUUUACCAUUACAAAACUUUUCCACACUUCAGCUGCCCCUGUCCUAACUUUUUUGAAAAGUUCAAACAAAUUUAAAGUGAUUUUUUUUUCAUAAAGCAAUAAGCACUUAUCUUCAUAGGUGGUUUAAGGUGAAAACAGAGUCUGUUAUUUCCAAAAUAAAAAGUCACAUAUUGAUUUGUCAGACCACAGGACUGUGCUCGACUUCACCACAGUUUGUCUUAAAUGGACUCAGUGUAGCAUGUGACCAAAUACAGACUUAAAAUGGUCUUAUGGGGUGUUCACACCAAGCGCAAGUAAAAUCAUCUACUCGCGUAAUCCGCGUGUAUCUAGACGCCUGAAUUAAAAGUAUUUACUAGCUUCAUUUGCGGAAAUGAUUUGCGAGUAAACAGAGUGCUUAAAAGCUGUGGAUAGCCGUUUAUGCCAAUUCAGCCAGCGAGAUGAAGUGAUGGACAGCGGUUUUGCACAAUUUACCAGAUAAUCCAAACGCCUCAUUCACUUUCCACCAGACAAGAUCCUUCUUAUUCCUAUUUUUAUUACAAAAGCGGCUGAUACAAGAGAGGGGGAGAGUCUCCAUCGUGAACCACGUUCAGCAGAUUGCUGCUUUGUUUUUGUUGUAAGAGGCCCUCAAUCGUCGGGGAUGUAGGCGUCACCGUGUCUGGGUUUCCUCCAAUAGCUGCGUCCGGAUGACGGCCGUUUCCAGCGGUAUUUUCGGGUUACCCGAACCCAAUUUGAUGACCUGUUGGUGAGGGUCGGUGCCAGGAUAUCCCUCCAGGAUACCAAUUACAGGCGCUCUAUCCCAGCUGCAGAGCGUCUGUCCAUCUGUCUACUGUGAGUAAAAGGAUUUUUGUUUAUAUUUUCACACCAGUUAAUAUCACCCGGUCCGUUUUCAUACGUCACCCGGGAAUCUGCACGCUGAUUGGUUAUCGCAACGCGAAUAUCUGCUCAAGUUGAGAUAUUUUCAACUCUCGCGAAUUCACAUCUCACCUAAUUCUCGCUGCCCGAUUUACGUCAUUCGCGCCGCCAGGGUAGUAGGAGCGUCUAAUCGCGUCUUUGCAUUGACUUUACAUGUAGUUUAUUCACGUGAAUGAUUUUACUUGUGUUUGAUUUCCCACUCUUUUUGCAGACCUCAUAUCGUAUCACCUGUUCACUCAUCGAUCCUAAAACAUGACUUUUCCUGUUUACACCCUGUUUACUGCACAUCCUGCCGCACAGCACCUGAAAAGCCAAUUUUGAUUGUUUGUCUGCAGGACAAAAAUGACGAGGAGGCACCUUCAGACAAUCCAAGUCGAUGAAAUGUGAUGAGUUGUUUUCCCGUACAUAUUUGUGACCUGUCUGUGCUUUAGAAACAGCUGGUUGACCGUAUGAAAGAGCAGAGUUUUCUACGCGUUAUCUGCUUCCAAAGAUGGAAAAAUUAAACAGAUACGAGCAUCAAACCAUCCCGACUCUUUUUACAGAAAGGUUUUUACUCCUCCGAUUGACUUUUUAAAGCAGAACUUCACUAAUUAGGUUCCCAGGAUCAAGGCA